AUGUCUCACGUAACAACGUUAAAUAAGUGGAUUGCUCAGCAUAGCAGUCCAUAGCAGUGUGAAAGAUUUGGCCUAAAUCUGCAAAAAUGCCCAAUCUAGUUUAUGGAUGGCUGGGAGGUUUUUACAAUGAGAUCUGGGUCCGCCUGUUAUUAUAUUUAAAUGAAUUUGAUGGAUGUGGUGUGGACGACACAGAUGUGUCUGAGAGAACAAUACAUUAUGCAGUGUGUGUGUGUGUGUGUGUGUGUAUGUGUGUGUGUGUGUGUGUGUGACAGGCCUGUAAUAAGAAGGGAGGAUUUGUAGUGUCAGGUGAUAUCAGUGGGAGGAUGAAGUGUGCUCUUCACCGUUCCUCUUUCCUCAUUCCCUAAUUCCUUUCACAACAUCUGUUUGUUUCAUGAUCUGUUAUUUAUAGUUGAUGAUUAUUCCUGUGAGAACUGUAGAACGGGGAGGCAGAAUAGAAAGACAUCAUCAUCUUUUCCCACAUAAUUUAUUGAUGGUUAAGACUCCAUGUCCCUCACACACUCUGACCUACUGACACACUAAACAGGGUUUCCCAAACUCGGUCAAAUCCCUUCUUUCUGGAGAUGCAUGAGGCGAGGUGAUGGGGGAGGGAUGAAGAGUUGUUUGCAUCCAUGGUGUUUGUUGUUCCUGUUGAUUUGUGUAUCUGUCAGAGACUGGCAUGCACAGCUUGUAUGUUGCACCAGCUAGCCAUCAAGCUAAUCUAUCUCUGCACCAUGUGUAUAGUGUUGGGGACAGAGCUGGAGCAGAGAGAGAGAAAUGGAGAGGGGAAAUUCUGCUCUGUUCACUGGUGCAAAUAACUGAUUGCUAUUUAUCGUGGUGUCAGAUUAGCAGAACGUCACAGACAUGGACCAUGAAUGUAUAAUUGAUGCCUUGGGGGGUGGGGAGGCUGUUUUUCUGAAGGCUGCAUUCUUCCUCUCCUCUGUGAAGAUACUGGGGCUGAGGAGAAUAUAGCAGAGGAGGAGAGGAGAGAGGGAUCACAAAAUAAGAGUCAGUUUGGAUUAAGGAUUUGGAUUUUGGGGAGGGCGGGGUUGGAAGCGGGGCACACGUCAACUGUGGGUUUAUGAUGUCAACAGAACUGAGGGAGCUCUGUUUCUCUGAUUCUAUUUCCCACUCUAUUCUCCCUCCCUCUCUAUUGGUCUGUCUCUAUUCUCCCUCCCUCUCUAUUGGCCUGUCUCUAUUCUCCCUCCCUCUCCAUUGGUCUGUCUCUGUUCUCCCUCCCUCUCUAUUGGCCUGUCUCUAUUCUCCCUCCCUCUCUAUUGCCCUGUCUCUAUUCUCCCUCCCUCUCUAUUGGUCUGUCUCUAUUCUCCCUCCCUCUCUAUUGGUCUGUCUCUAUUCUCCCUCCCUCUCUAUUGGUCUGUCUUUCUCUCUCUCCUGCUCCCUCUGUGACUCCCCUCUACUCUCUCUUUGUCUGCUCUCUCUCUCUCUCUCUCCUCCUGCUGCUGCUGGCGCUGUGACAGAGAGAGAGGAGACAGAGAGGAUGGUUUAGAGGAGCAGGUUGUUUUCCUUCCUGCGGAUCACAUCUCUCCACUGUUGUUGUCCUCACGGGUUGGGGUCUCAAUCUGUUCCUCUCUGGCUGGCUGCUGUUGCUCCGAGGAGGGCCUGAAGGAGGGAGGGAGGGAUGGGUCGGAGGGGAUGGAGACCGGCUCGGCUUGUGUCAGCGUUCAGCUGAACAUUUUCUCCUCCGGCAGCAGUCAGAGCAUAGUGUGCUAUGUCAGAGUGAUGCCACUCGAAAAAGAAAAGGAAAGCCGCACACUCUAGGAGCUCAGAUGCAAUAAUUGAAUAUCCUAAUAACCAGAGUGAUGCCACUCACCUUGGCGGAUAAACACUCUCACUCUCACACAAAGACACCUGGAUCUUGUGGAUUGUAACUUUCCUCAUCUCAUCCAGACCAGAGGAUUAUAAACACCCACGCGCGUGAAGAGAGCUCCAUCUAUUUACAUUGUUUGUGUGAGAAUUAUUGUUGUUGCCCCACACUCCGUUUGCGUAGGAUCGCAGCAGUAAUGUUUUGCUGAGCAAGUGCCACAGGUAAUCUGCAACCGAGAGGAGGGCAUCGAGAGAGAGUAGGAGAGAGAGAGAGAGAGACGCUACUUCUAGACAUGAAGAAAAUCUGGUCCAAGAAGAGGUUCCAGGUUAGUCUUUACCUUUCAGACACUUGCUUUUAUACAGUUAGUGUGUGCUCUUAUCUAAGCCGUUUUCUCAUGGACUACUACAGAGCUAUAAUGUGAUAAAUUACUAGAACAAAGAGGAGAAGGAUACAUACUUUGUUGCCCCACCCUUUUACCGGUUUACCAGUAAGCACAGGUCUUUGUUGCUAUAGGUUAAUGAAUCCAGGUCUGUACAGUAGGUAAUUUGUAGUAUAGUUCUCUGUGUGGAAUAAUGUCCUCAGUGUCCUCUGGGUUCUAAUGGCCUGUGGCACAGAGGGUGUGCUUUCCAGUUCCACAUGACAUGGUAACAAAGAAUGCCACUCCAGGGGACAAUGUCACAUUCUGUUGGCUGGUGGCAAGAUGGGUUUGGGAGAUGGGUGGAAAAUCAGCUUUCGGAAUAAUUUCACAGUCAAACAGUUUUUUCUUCUCCAUUUAUAUUAUAAAUGUUCAAUUUAUAACACAUGUUAUGCUAAUUAGCAUAUGUGUGCUCUACAAUAUGUAUCCUGACAGAGAAUGUCUGAUAUUCUAAGAUUUUGGAUUUGACAUUGGGUUUAUCCCAAAUGUGAUCUGUCAAGAACAGAGAAGUGUGUCACUUGGCCACAGUGCAGACAACUGAUAUGUAGCACUAGAUGACCAAGUACAAUUAUGUGGUAUGUACGACACAGUCUAUAUUCAGAAAUAACAAUAUAACAAUAUAAACCUUGUGAAAUAUCCACUUCAAACUCUGGCAUAAACUGUAUAGAGCUUUGAGGAAACUAUGGUGCCCAGUGAUUAACCAGCCUUGCCAAGCCAGAAGCCUUUACUGCGCAGAAAUACAGUUUGUGCCUGUUUCUGCCUGCUACAGAUGUAGGAUCUUAAUUUGAUCACUCUUUUGUUGCUGAGAUGCAAACUUGUAGUCUAUUCAAGGUUUAAAAAGGCUUCUACAGUUUGUAAUUUCCACUUUCAAUUGUCAGACUUUGCCCUAACGAAAAAUGUAUCUACCCCUACAAAACAUUUCCAUUAAUAUAAUAAUAUUCACAUUAUAAUGAAUAUUAAUAUUAUAAUCCACAUAAUAAUAAAUAUUUCCUGUUGCUGCAGGAUUAUUUUCCUUCUAUAGCAAAUUGGCUCAAACUAAGAUCCUACAUCUGUAUGUCCUGAUAUGAUUGCCUAGAGGCCCCUAUAAUCAUGAACAGGAGAUUGACAAUGGACGCUUCUAGUUGCUUCUGUCAUUUUUGUCUCACUGUGGCAACCAGGCAACACUUCAUCAACAGGCUCUGGCUGGCAAAUAGCAGUAGGCAUGGUACUUAGAGAGCAGAGCAGGCUGAUUGAUCUAGCAGCUGAAUCAUUACUUUGCUCUGACUUCAGGGUUUUCUGUGUCUCUGCACUGUAAUGAGUCAUUCCAUUGAGCUCUCUGUGAGCUUUCCAAGGUCCUGAUCGAUGGUUGGUCAGGAAAAUGCUAAAGGUUAUAGGAGUCAUUGGAAGUAAUGACUUAUCAAGUUAUUAGUGUGUAGUUUUUUUAGGUUAGGUUGUAAGGAUGUGGUAUGGAGUUUGAGAUAUGAGCUUCUUCUCUUGUUUGAGCCUUUUUUUUGUGGAUUUGGACAAAAAUGGAAUCCUCUGAUUUCAAUAACUCAUUAAGUGUCAUGACUGUUGUACUUUUUGCUGGUUUGAAUCAUGCAACUCUGUAUCUCUCUACUAUUUCAGAGGACCGGACACUCUACCAAGACGUUUGGAAGGUUCACCCAUGGUGUGUUUGCUGUAUGAGUUAUUACACAGUUAUUACUUAGUAAUUACACAGUUAAUAAAAGUAAUUACACAGUUAAUAAUAAUUAUUACACAGUUAAUAAUUGUUAUUACACAGUUAAUAAUGGUUAUUACAGUUAUUACUUAGUAAUAAACACAGUUAAUAAUAGUUAUUACACAUUUAAUAAUGGUUAUUACACAGUUAUUAAUACAUAGUUAUUACACAGAAACUGAGUUUUACUGUCCAUAUUUAGCUUGUUGUCGUAUCUGAGAACCACUUAACACUUUCUGUAUUAAAAAAGGUAUUUGUUUUUAAAAAACUGAUUUAGUACAGAGUAUUCAUGCAUGUUUAAUGUUUUAAUUGCUGCUAGGAAAAAGACUGUGGGCUUUUUUAUUAUUUAGCUGUCAGAAUGCCUCUCCUCCGCCCCCACAAGCAAUUUUCUUGUAACCAUAUUGUUGUAUCUCUGCAUAACAUCACAGAAUGAAUCAUUUCUGAGGGUCUUAGUUGUAUAGCAUUACAUCUGGAAUCUCAGUCAAACAGAAAUGCUCAUAGCUCCUUUUCCAAAUCAUAUUUCCACCCAACAGUUAAUCUAAUCCACGGUGUAUAUUGCAGCAAGACAUUUUGAAAUACAGCCUCUCAUAUUGCUGAGUCGAUAUCUCUCGCACAGUGUGUGUCCAGCUAUUUAGUCCCAUCCCACUUGGUACAGUUGGGUGAAUCCAAAUACACAAGGAAAUGUACUGUUAAAACUGUAUGAUCACUGUUAUUGUCUAUUUCACAUUUACCCCUUGUUCUGUCAUUUAGCAGAUACUGUUAUCCAAAGCAACAUGACAGUGAAAUGAGGCAUAACCCAUUUGUUUGCCUCUUCCUCAGCAGGCUCCAGCAGUAGGCUAUCUAAGCGUAUGUGUCAGGGUUGGCAGUUGGGCUGGUGAUUUUAGACUCUAAUGGGUAUGGAGCCAAUUGGUCGUGUGGGUGAGAGAGAUGGUGGUUUCUAUAGUAACUGUGCUCUCCCGUCUGCCCUCUCUUGCUGCCACUAUGGAAGCGAAGUUUUCCGCUCCUGCCGAAAGCAAAGCUAUGGUAAACCAGUCUUGUCUUGUUUUCUACCUCACUCUCUUUCAGUCGUGUCCAUUCUCUCUCUCUCUCUCUCUCUCUCUCUCUCUCUUUUUUUUUAUUAUUGAUUUGCCAUAUCAAUGUGCUAGGGGACUUUUUGUUGAUUUUUGUUACAUCUACAAGCCAAGAUACUGUGGUCCUCCCAUGUUACUGUGGUGAAAGUGGUCCUCCCAUGUUACUGUGGCGAAAGUGGUCCUCCCAUGCUACUGUGGUGAAAGUGGUCCUCCGAAGUUACUGUGGUGAAAGUGGUCCUCCUAUGUUACUGUGGUGAAAGUGGCCCUCCCAUGUUACUGUGGUGAAAGUGGUCCUCCGAUGUUACUGUGGUGAAAGUGGUCCUCCGAUGUUACUAUGGUGAAAGUGGUCCUCCGAUGUUACUGUGGUGAAAGUGGUCCUCCCAUGUUACUGUGGCGAAAGUGGUCCUCCCAUGUUACUGUGGCGAAAGUGGUCCUCCCAUGUUACUGUAGUGAAAGUGGUCCUCCCAUGUUACAGUGGUGAAAGUGGUCCUCCCAUGUUACUGUGGCGAAAGUGGUCCUCCGAUGUUACUAUGGUGAAAGUGGUCCUCCCAUGUUACUGUGGUGAAAGUGGUCCUCCGAUGUUACUGUGGUGAAAGUGGUCCUCCGAUGUUACUGUGGUGAAAGUGGUCCUCCCAUGUUACUGUGGUGAAAGUGGUCCUCCCAUGUUACUGUGGCGAAAGUGGUCCUCCCAUGUUACUGUGGCGAAAGUGGUCCUCCCAUGUUACUGUGGUGAAAGUGGUCCUCCCAUGUUACUGUGGUGAAAGUGGUCCUCCCAUGUUACUGUGGUGAAAGUGGUCCUCCCAUGUUACUGUGGUGAAAGUGGUCCUCCCAUGUUACUGUGGUGAAAGUGGUCCUCCCAUGUUACUGUGGUGAAAGUGGUCCUCCCAUGUUACUGUGGUGAAAGUGGUCCUCCCAUGUUACUGUGGUGAAAGUGGCCCACCCAUGUUACUGUGGUGAAAGUGGUCCUCCCAUGUUACUGUGGUGAAAGUGGUCCUCCCAUGUUACUGUGGUGAAAGUGGUCCUCCCAUGUUUGCCUGGACUCAUUUCUACUUCUCUGUCUUUAUUUAUAAUUUUCUAUUCAUCUAUUUGAUUUCUCCAUCUCUUGAAUAUGUCUAUUGCUCUCUUCCCAACAUUUCCACAGGAUUUUGGAUUUUGCACUAUACAUCAUUGAAUUCUGACCAUGUCCCAAUUUCUUCUAGUAUUUCACCCAUUGCUAAUGUCCUUUUAAGUCUCUUAAAUGGUUAAUGUUUUUUCUUAAUAUCUUCCCUAACGCUCACAGAAAUGUCAGCUUCUGUGUAACAUCUCUAUUGAUCUCAUUAAAGGUCGCUGAAUCGACUUGUCUCCUUUGAGACGAUUUGCACAAGGCCUCCAAAUCAAAGGCCACAGUUAAAGUAUGUAUAGGGUGCUUAUAUCUAUUAAAUAUAUAUAUUAAACACCAUCAAUUAGUGGGCUAAAGGGCACUUUUGCAGUUAAAAGGGGUAUAAUGGUCCUUAUUGACGUUGUCUUCUGUGGGAUCAACAGACUUCCAAUGGGUUUGGAAUGGAAUGGAUGCUAGUCUGGUUUCAGCACUAGCCUCUAUUACCAGUAACAUACCUAGUUAAAACAGACUGGUAGCCAGUCUAGAAGGUCAUUUCUAUAAAUGUAUUUCAACCAGUCUAGUAGUGUAUUUCUAGAGGCCACAUCUGGCUUUAUAGAACAGUUCAGUGACUCCCCCUUGUAUUACCUCUGAAGGAGACCUGCCAAGGCUCAACUCUAUUACCCAUUAUCCUCUCUGUCGCUAAGUGAAAGUGAAGUGUCAUUUGUCACCGUGACUCAGACUCAGCUGUUGUUUUAUUCCUCUCUCGCUUUCUUCUCAUCCUCCUCUUCCUCAUCUUCCUCCCCUCAGACUCUGAAACCACAGAGGAUGAAGCCACGGAGCCCCAGGUACCCAUGGAAACCAAGGAAGGACCCGGUGGGCGGCACCAGGACAAGGCUGGCCGUAGAGUGCCUGCAGGUAAUUCACUUAAUUCAAUAACUUGAGCAUGAUCUGUGAUUUAAAGGCCCCUCCUUAAUCAAGUCUGGUAAAUCAGGUUUCCGGGAUUAAGACAUAAGCAUAAUUAAAAAAGUAAAUGCAUGUGUUUGCAUGGCUUUAUUUUGAUUGUCGGUUAUGGCACUAUGUGUAUGUUGGCAUAGGACCUACUCGUUGGAUGAAACGUAUAUAUGACAUAACAGACUCCUUUAAUCCUUUACACCAUGAUGUAAUUGUGUGACAAUGUGACAUACUGACCUACAUGCUGUCAGGUAACCUCUUGGAGCCGUUGCAUUCUCUCUCUCUCUCUCUCUCUCUCUCUCUCUCUCUCUCUCUCUCUCUCUCUCUCUCUCUCUCUCUCUCUCUCUCUCUCUCUCUCUCUCUCUCUCUCUCUGUGUCUGUCUGUCUGUCUGUCUGUCUGUCUGUCUGUCUGUCUGUCUGUCUGUCUGUCUGUCUGUCUGUCUGUCUGUCUGUCUGUCUGUCUGUCUGUCUGUCUGUCUGUCUGUCUGUCUGUCUGUCUGUCUGUCUGUCUGUCUGUCUGUCUGUCUGUCUGUCUGUCUGUCUGUCUGUCUGUCUGUCUGUCUGUCUGUCUGUCUGUCUGUCUGUCUGUCUGUCUGUCUGUCUGUCUGUCUGUCUGUCUGUCUGUCUGUCUGUCUGUCUGUCUGUCUGUCUGUCUGUCUGUCUGUCUGUCUGUCUGUCUGUCUGUCUGUCUGUCUGUCUGUCUGUCUGUCUGUCUGUCUGUCUGUCUGUCUGUCUGUCUGUCUGUCUGUCUGUCUGUCUGUCUGUCUGUCUGUCUGUCUGUCUGUCUGUCUGUCUGUCUGUCUGUCUGUCUGUCUGUCUGUCUGUCUGUCUGUCUGUCUGUCUGUCUGUCUGUCUGUCUGUCUGUCUGUCUGUCUGUCUGUCUGUCUGUCUGUCUGUCUGUCUGUCUGUCUGUCUGUGUCACUGCCACCCUACAGAGUUAUGGUCUGGAUAGAGAGCCCUGGCUCUCAGAAAACAGAGCAUUUCCCCAGCUUGAACAUCACAUUAUACCACCCCUUUACUUACAGUACCAACUCUAGGUGUAUGGAAAUAUGGAUGAAACAGGAUUUGACAGGGAACUGAUGAUGAUUUGUUAUGGGGGUAUGACAGUGCUCAUCGGUGCCACCAAAGCAGAUGCUUCACAACAGGGGUCACCAGUCUGUCGAAAUGUAGUCCAUGAACAUGGAUGCACUCCUCUCGCAGCACACAUCUAUUUUAAAUUCUGUCCUCCUUGCUCGGUUGUAAAGAUACUGUUUGCACUUUCGAAGGUUUCGUGUUGACAGACCCGAGAGUGCCGUCGUUCCCGAAAGAGAAGAGAAAAAGAGAGAGAAUGGUGCUAUCAAAUGAGAGUGGAGGGAGGAUGAAGAGAGAGAGAGAGAGUGGUGCUAUCAAACGAGAGGGGAGGAGUGAUUCAGUGUUUGUUCUUUCCAUACUCAGUCAAAGGAACCAACACAAAGACGUCUUUCACUCACCGCCCCACCUGCAGUGAGAGGCGGAGUACCUAACCAAAUAUCAACCAGAUAACAACGCAAAUUGCAUUUCCUCUAAUAACUGCCCCUUAGCUCAGCACAGAAAUCCUCUUCACUAAAAAUGUAGCUAAUGCAUGUAAAUUAUAUUCCACCAGCUAAUUUCAUUUCUUCCCAAAAAGAAAAACAUUGAUUGGUUCCAAUGGACCCUUUUGUUAACCGAUAAUGCACAAAUGUAGGAUGCUUGAAUACAUUUAAGCAAUAAGGCUCGAGGGAGUGUGAUAUAUGGCCAAUAUACCACGGCUAAAUGUUGUUAUUAGGCACGACGCAACGCAGAGUAUUUGUAUUUGUAUUUAUUAUGGAUCCCCAUUAGCUGCUGCCAAGGCAGCAGCUACUCUUCCUGGGGUCCAGCAAAAUUAAGGCAGUUCAUACAAUUUUAAAAACAUUAAAAUACAUUCACAGAUUUCACAACACACUGUGUGCCCUCAGGCCCCUACUCCACCACUACCACAUAUCUACAGUUCAAAAUCCAUGUGUAUGUUUGUGUAUAGUGCGUAUGUUAUCGUGUGUGUGUAUGCAUGUGUCUGGGCCUAUGUUAGUGUUGCUUCACAGUCCCCGCUGUUCCAUAAGGUGUAUUUUUAUCUGUUUUUUAGAUCUAAUUUUACUGCUUGCAUCAGUUACUUGAUGUGGAAUCGAGUUCCAUGUAGUCAUGGCUCUAUGUAGUACCUUGCACCUCCCAUAGUCUGUUCUGGACUUGGGGACUUUGAAGAGACCUCUUGUGGCAUGUCUUGUGGGGUAUGCAUGGGUGUCUGAGCUGUGCGCCAGUAGUUCAAACAGACAGCUCGGCGCAUUCAAUAUGUCAAUACCGCUCAUAAAUACAAGUAGUGAUGAAGUCAAUCUCUCCUCCACUUUGAGCUCUCUGUGUACAUCCAAGGGAGUGCUGUGGUAUAUUGACAAUAUACCACAAACCCCCAAGGUGCCUUAUUGCUAUUAUAAACUGAUUACCAACGUAACUAGAGUAUUAAAAAUAAAUGUUUUGUCAUACCCGUGGUAUGCAGGCUGAUAUACCACGGCUGUCAGUCAAUCAGCAUUCAGGGCUCGAACAACCCAGUUUAUAAUACCAAAUAUCAACCAGAUAACAAUGCAAAUUGCAUUUCCUCUAAUAACUGUCCCUUAGCUCAGCACAGAAAUCAUCUUCACUAAUAAUGUAGCUGAUGCAUGUAAAUUAUAUUCCACCAGCUAAUUUAAUUUCUUCCCAAAAAGAAAAAUCUUGAUUGGUUCCAAUGAACCCUUUUCUUAACCGAUAAUGCAGAAAUGUAGGAUGCUUGUGGUUAGUAAGGUGUCGUGUGAGGAUAAUGUCUUUCAUCAUCAUUAGCUUCAGAAUGAGUCAUGGAAAAUGGAAAAACCAUUUCUCGUUCCACACCUGCGUUUUGGAGUGCUGGCAGGAUUAAGUAGUCCACCCCCCUUCCUUCCACCCCAGAGCGCCCGGAGAAGCCCUGCCAGAGGGAAUCCACCUCAAGGCCAGAGAGGCUUUUAAAGAUCUGCAUGGCAAGAUUUUGGAAGGCUGUGUGCUUUUAUCAGUGGGCCCCAUCCUGCGUCUACUACAGAUUGCUCAUAUUGGGCUUUUUUGAGAUCUGAAUUUGUGUUUAGUCGGUGGAGUUGAGUCUGUUUAAAAUCCUCAGUGCUUGUGGGAGAUGCUGCUUGCUUGUUUUCCCUCGUUUCCUCGUCUCGUCCCAAUAAAUGGGUUUAGUCGUUAAAGGAAGCUGCUGACUUCAACUUCUUUCAGUUGCCGACGCAUUUCUGUCUCCAUCGCCACUCAAUAAAAUGUCAAUCAUUAUCUGAUUGGUCGAGCUCGGGGGUUGUUUCAGUGCUUGUGGUGGGACACAUUUGCUUAUUUCCUUCUUUCCUACUGCUCUACUUAAUCAAUCAUCUUUGUUGGUUUAGACAUUCUUCCAGUGCUUGUCUUAACUCCUGUCUACUUCCAUUUUUUAUUUGUUAACCUUCUCAGUAUCUUCUUCUAUUGAUCUAUGCUCUCUCUCUCUCUCUCUCUCUCUCUCUCUCUCUCUCUCUCUCUCUCUCUCUCUCUCUCUCUCUCUCUCUCUCUCUCUCUCUCUCUCUCUCUCUCUAAUCUUUCUUACUUUCACUCUAUCUCUAUUCCCUCUCUCUAAUCCACAUUCUUCUCUAUGUCUCCAUCUCCAGUCUGACCCCUGACCCCUGUCCUCUGUCCCUGCAGGUGAAGGAGGUAGGAUGAUGGACUCCAGCCCUGACCGGAGGGCCACCUUUCCUGGGGGCCAUGACCCAGUGGUGGAGAGGGAGCUCAUGGCUUUGGGCUCACGGCCCCCAGGGGCCCAGGACCCAACACACUCCGGCAGGCAAGCUCUCUGCGGCGGGACCGAUGGGGGGCCAGGGGCCCUAGUCAGACACCUGGGUGUGGAGCCCUUGAUCCGGGCGUCUCACGCUAACCUGGCUCGCACUAACCAACCCAUGCUGGGGUCGGAGGAAAGUGUGUCUGUAGGAAGCGACUACUAUGGAAGCAUGUUUAGCCUCUACAGGGGAAGAACGUUUUCCAUGCCUUUAUAGGGACAACUUCUUCUUUUCACUGAUCCCAAUUAUAAAAAGAGUGGCCUCGAAAACCAAUUUCCCAACUUUAACAGACACAACUAACACGAAAUAUUACACAUCACAAUCAUGAUUUUCCUAGAUCCAUUUCUUCCCAAAGAUUUCUAUUGAAUGUAUAAUAUGUUUGUUAUUUCCUUUUGUGUUCUUGCCUUUUAGCUUUUUCCAAAUCAUUAUUGGUUCCUAUAGUAUAUUAUUUCUGUUUAGUUUUUUUAAUCAUACUUUCCUUUGACUUCAUGCCAUUACUUGCUUCGGCUGUACUUCCGUUCUGUCUUAUGAUAUCAAAAAGUACCACUGAAGCCUUUGGUUUCCGUUGGUUUUUGCUGCAUGCCAUGUAUGUUGACCAAAUUGUUUCCCUUGUUCUACUAGCAUUACCGUCAGAUAUUCCUGGAUAUCUUCAUAGCGUUGGUGUCACAUGCAUGACUGGAUGUGUGAAUCAAAAGCUAAUGUUUGUCUGCAUGUGUUUGUGAACUAGUUUCAUCCCAACUAAAUUGACUGCGUGUUCAGCUAACAUGAGAGGUGUGUGUGUCAAAGCAUGUGUGAUUGUUUUCAUAGUUGAUGAAUAGGGGUCUUUCCUGGUUAUGUUGGAAGAGUUAGUAUUAGAUUAAUUCAUACAGGACUCUUAUUAUUUCUCUAUGUGUCACUGCAACAUGAUAACAUUGACCAUUCAUGUCAUGGUCUGGUAUGGCUGCCACUCCAGUAACUCCCAGUAGGCCUUGGAGCAUGUAUGCCUUUUAACUAUAUUCUCCAUUGGCCUGUAGAGGGGGUACUCACACUUGACAGGGGAUUAGUGGCAAACACACAUACAACAGAAAUGCAUCAUGAAUUGGAAACAUACAAAUAUACAAUAUGAUCUGUUUGGCUCCUACACAUGUUGUGGUAGACACAAGCAUUAUCUUCUAUAGUGGAUUGAGAUUUGUGUCCAUAUAAGUUAAAUGUUAUCUGUGCUAAAAUCACUACAUCUAUGGCCAUUCCAUGUUCUGUUUAUUUCUGAAAGUUAAUCUGUCCUGAUGAGAAAUCAACACUCAAAUUAUAUUGACUAUAAACAGUAUUACUAUUUCAUAAAGCAGCGGACACUCAUUUACGUGCACACAGACACAGACACAGGCACGCACAUACACACACACACACACACACACAAACACAAUUACGAGAUUCACAAAUGUUCUCAAGCAAACAUCCUCUACCGAGCACACAAACAUCCUCUACCGAGCACACAAACAUCCAAUGGCUUUUCCUCCUCUUCCAAAAACCUGGGCCCCUCCUUGUCCCUUCUUUUCAUGUCUAACUUUCCAUUUCCCUAAAACCCUCCUCUUCCAGGAUCCAAUCUCCUUCUCUCCCCCAAACGCAAACAGGCCCAUCCUUCAGUCCUGCCUCACCCCAGUCCAGUCAAACUGUAUCCCAACCCACAACAUCCCUCAGUUCCAAUAAGAACAGUGUCACCUCACACAGUACCCAAGACCCUUCCCUAGGAGGAGCUGUGGUCAAAAACAAACUCCCAGGGUGGUCUUCAGGAGCCACCUCCCAUACUUCAAGCAGCGGCAGCAGUGGUGGCAAGACACCCAAAUUGGCCCGCACCGCACCCAAGAUCUUUGACAAGGUCAAGGAGUUUGAACAAAAGGUGAGUGAGGUGAGUGCGGGGGUCAGAUCUGGGCACUCUUUCGGCCGGGCAGCAUCCUGCGAUCUGGAGGGGGUCUCCAAAGAGGAGGGGACAAGCCAGCCGGAUGCUGCGGCCUCGAGGCGUUCCGUGUUCGGAAAGAAGAGGGCCUCGUCUCUGGAGGACAAACCAAGCUACCAGCAGAGGGUCCAGAGCUUCCAGAACAAGUUCACAGAGGAGCUGGCCAGGAUCAAGAAGCUGGUGGGGAGGCCCAACCUGAAGAAGGCUUACUCCACCGAGCAGUUGCCCCAGACGGAGAGUCGGUCCGUGGGCAAGCUGGAGCCCAUUCCCCCUCAGGUGGUCAAGAAGCUGGAAGAGAGGGAGAGGGUCCUGGAGGAGAGAGGAGUAGGAGGGAAGAGCGUUGACGAGAGCGUUACGUCCCGAAAAACAUCCCAAUCCCAAGAGAAGGGUCUGACAGAUCAAAGGAAUGUUCCUCAACAAGAGCAGCAUGAUUCAGCUUCAGCGUCAGCUCAGCCGUCAGAGUCUAAAAGUGUGGGGAAAGGCUCUGUUUCCAUGGAGACAGUACUGGUUAACCAGUUACCAGGGCGACGAUCACCCUCACCAAGAGUCACGCGGAAAAGCCCAAACAGGUAGGCUCAGAUGAUCCAUUAACACUGUGUGUUUUUGUGUUUGUCGAUUUGUGUGUACGCGUGUGUGUGCCUGUGUGUAUUUGCACACACUGUUCUGACAGCUCAAUAGCAAUAUGUGUACACAGAUAUAGAUGACAUAAUGCCUUUCUAUUUUAUUUCCUGUACCAACAUUACAUAAUGCAUUUGACACAGGGAAGUCCUUCAGAGCUCUCCCGCGGCGGCGAAGCCUCCACACACGGCCGAGGAACAACCACCUGUAUCUCCAACACCCAAAGGGCCUCCACCCAAGAUGGACCACCGCAGGUCUCCAAUACCUACCGCACAGAGAGAAUCGCCUACCCACGCCAAAGGGCCUUCCACUCCUAACGAGCUUGAGCAACCUCUACACCAACGCAGGCCUCCAAGCCCCAGGUCUCCAAGCCCCACCAUGCAGAGAGCACCAUCACCGACCCCAGCCAAAGAGCCAGCCUUUCCCUAUCCUCCCAAGCCACCACGGCUGUCCCCCACCCCAUCCCCCACCUCCACCCCUUCCAUCAGCCCUCUAACGAAGAGAUGGAAGGGAGAGCCGGGGAGGACGUCUCCCGCGCUGAAGAUGACCAUCCCUACCAUCCUGGUGGAGGACAAGCUCAUGGAAAUGGAAGAGGAGGAGGAGGAGGCUGGAGAGAAGAGAGAGAGAGGAAAGACGAGAAGAUCAGGGAAGAAGGAGGGCAGGGCUUCCAAGACUCAGAAGAAGGGAAAAGUCUCUGGAAGGUCUUGGGAAAGUCGACCUAUGUCUCCUGAGACAGGUAGGACACUGAAUUGCGGGUAUCCACUGGGCGACACAUCAGCUAGACAUUAAUGUGCUACCGUCCUAAAUAGAUGAAUAUCUACAGUAUAGAGGGAAAGUAAUACAGCGCCUAUCUUUCUGUUGUAGGAGACGAUUCAGAUGACUCUUACAUGUCGGCAGAUGAGGGGCCAGCUGAGGAACCAGAGUUUGAGAGGCCCCUGAGGGACACCACCGCCACCGCUGGCUCUGAGGUCCUGCUCAAAUGUGUCAUCACUGGCAGCCCCCUCCCAACAGGUAGGUCAUCUCCAGGUAGAGGUUAAGCACAGCUCUGGGGUCAGCUUUUGCCUUCCCCAAACACAUUUGGACGAUGAUGAUGUAAUACAGUGCAUUUGGAAAGUAUUCAGACCCCUUGACUUUUUCCACAGUGUUUUCCCACAGUAUUCAGACCCCUUGACUUUUUCCACAGUGUUUUCCCACAGUAUUCAGACCCCUUGACUUUUUCCACAGUAUUUUUCCACAGUAUUCAGACCCCUUGACUUUUUCCACAGUGUUUUUCCACAGUAUUCAGACCCCUUGACUUUUUCCACAGUAUUUUUCCACAGUAUUCAGACCCCUUGACUUUUUCCACAGUAUUUUUCCACAGUAUUCAGACCCCUUGACUUUUUCCACAGUAUUUUUCCACAGUAUUCAGACCCCUUUGCAUUACAGCCUUAUUCUAAAAUGGAUUAAAUUGUUUUUUCCCCUCAUCAAUCUACACACAAUACCCCAUAAUGUUUCUCAGUUGGUAGAGCAUGGAGCUUGCAACGCCAGGGUUGUGGGUUCGUUUCCCACGGGGGGGGCAGUAUGAAAAAUGUAUGCACUCACUAACUGUAAGUCGCUCUGGAUAAGAGCAUCUGCUAAAUGACUAAAAUGUUUAAAAAAAAACAUUCACAUAAGUAUUCUGACCCUUUACUCAGUACUUUGUUGAAGCACCUUUGACAGCGAUUACAGCCUCGAGUCUUCUUGGGUAUGACGCUACAAGCUUGGCACACCUGUAUUUGGGGAGUUUCUCCCAUUCUUCUCUGCAGAUCCUCUCAAGCUCUGUCAGGUUGGAUGAGGAGCGUCACUGCGCAGCUAUUUUCAGGUCUCUCCUCGGGUUCAAGUCCGGGCUCUGGCUGGGCCACUCAAGGACAUUCAAAGACUUGUCCCGAAGCCACUCCUGCGUUGUCUUGGCUGUGUGCUUAGGGUCGUUGUCCUGUUGGAAGGUGAACCUUCGCCCCAGUCUGAGGUCCUGAGCGCUUUGGUGCAGGUUUUCAUCAAGGAUCUCUCUGUACUUUACUCCGUUCAUCUUUCCCUCGAUCCUGACUAGUCUCCCAGUCCCUGCAGCUGAAAAACAUCCCCACAGCAUGAUGCUGCCACCACUAUGCUUCACCGUAGGGAUGGUGCCAGGUUUCCUCCAGACGUGACGCUUGGUAUUCAGGCCAAAGAGUUCAAUCUUGGUUUCAUCAGACCAGAGAAUCUUGUUUCUCAUGGUCUGAGAGUCUUUAGGUGCCUUUUGGCAAACUCCAAGCGGGCUGCUAUGUGCCUUUUACUGAGGAGUGGCUUCCGUCUGGCCACUCUAUCAUAAAGGCCUGAUUGGUGGAGUGCUGCAGAGAUGGUUGUCCUUCUGGAAGGUUCUCCCAUUUCCACAGAGGAACUCGAUCAACUGUGGGACCUUAUAUAGACAGGUGUGUGCUUUCCAAAUCAUGUCCAAUCAAUUGAAUUUACCACAGGUGGACUCCAAUCAAGUUGUAGAAAUAUCUCAGCAAUGAUCAAUGGAAACAGGAUGCACCUGAGCUCAAUUUCGAGUCUCAUAGCAAAGGGUCUGAAUACUUAUGUAAAUAAGGUAUUUUUUAUAAAUUUGCAAAAAUGUCUAAAAACCUAUUUUCGCUUUAUCAUUAUGGGGUAUUGUGUGUAGAUUGAUGAGUAACAUGUUUUAUUUAAUUCAUUUUAGAAUAAGGCUGUAACAUAACAAAAUGUGGACAUAGGGAAGGGGUCUGAUUACUUUCCGAAUGCACUGUAUGUCAAACUGACCUUGGAACGGUGCUUAGGGGCCACACAUCAUUCUGCACUUAGACACAGGGGAAGGGACUGUGAUUAAGUUGUCUGAGCGGGGUCUGAGAUAUGUCUUUGUGUGUGACCCCUUGGAAUGCAGUGACUUGGAAGAAGAGUAACGUUCUGAUAAGGAGCAGCCCGUCCCAUGUGGUCAAGGCUGAGGGGGAGCAGCACUCCCUACUGAUAACCCAGAUGAGGUCUGGAGAUGCCGGGACGUACUGCGUCACCGCUGUCAACACGGCCGGGAAAGCAUCCUGCAACGCCACGCUCUACAUCAAAUCAGGUGAGUGGGGUUACACACAGAUACAACACUCACACAGGCAUGCACACAGGCUGCCAUACAUUCUAGUUGAUCAAUUGACUAAAGGAACACCAUUUAUUUGGUCUGGGAUGCACACACAGACAGACAAACGCACACAUGCACGCAAACACCACAACUCUCCAUCCUAAUCCCCUGCCAGCUCUGCUCUGACAAUUUGUCUUCAUAACUACAAAGGGGCAUCCCAUCCCAAGCCCAAGCUCCUUCCACAGAUAGUUGCCACGGCAACUCUUAAUUUGUGAAAGGCAUUUGGGUCCCCUGGUGGAUGUUCAAAACAAAGACUUGUCUGCCAAUCACUAAAGGUCCCCGGGUUUUCAGUCAGUUAGGCGGAUGUUCAAAAUUGGGGAUUAGUCUUUGUCAACAGAAUGAGUAUUCCUCUUGGAUAUAAAAAUGUAGGAUGUGUAUUAUUAGCUGAGAUGUCUGUUGGUUCAGUCAAUAGUCAAUAGUUUGAAUUAUGGUUACAUUAAAAGAUAAACCUGUCACGAUCGUCUAGAACAGAUGAUGAGGACCAAGGCGCAGCGUUGCAGGCAAACAUACUCUUUAAUUAGAGACACGAUCAAAACCAACAAACGAUACGUGACAGUUCACGGUCUAACAUAAACAGACUUGAAACAAGAUCCCACAAACACAAAUGGGAAACAGACAGUUUAAAUAUGGCUCCCAAUCAGAGACAACCAACGACAGCUGACACUCGUUGCCUCUGAUUGGGAGCCACUCAGGCCAACAUAGAAAUACACAUACUAGAUAAACAAAUGAAAUGCACACCCUGGCUCAACAUACAAGUGUCCCCAGAGCCAGGGCGUGACAGUACCCCCCCCUAAAGGCACGGACUCCGACCGCGCCCACCAAACACCACAGGGGAGGGACCGGGUGGGCACUCCACUUAGGCGGCGGAUCCGGCUCCGGGCCUGAUCCCCGCUCCCUCUCCAACCCCCCAAAGUACCCCUGGUCCGGUCUGGCCCCGCUGGCCGGAGCUGGACUGCACACUGGUGGAGCGGAUUGCUCUAGCUCCGGCGUGAAGCAUCUGACCAGUGCUGGACCAGCCACCGGUGGAACAGGUACGGGCCGUGCCGGACUGACGACGCACACCACUGGCUUGGUGUGGGGAGCAGGAGCGGGCCGCGCCGGGCUGACGAAACGCACCAUUGACUUGGUGCGGGGAGCAGGAGCGGGCCGGACCGGGCUGACGAAGCGCACCACUGACUUGGUGCGGGGAGCAGGAACGGGCCGUGCCGGGCUGACGAAGCGCACCACUGACUUGGUGCGGGGAGCAGGAACGGGCCGAGCUGGGCUGACGAAACGCACCACUGACUUGGUGCGGGGAGCAGGAAUGGGCCGGACCGGGCUGACGACGCGCACCACUGACUUGGUGCGGGGAGCAGGAACGGGCCGCGCCGGGCUGACGAAACGCACCACUGACUUGGUGCGGGGAGCAGGAACGGGCCAUGCCGGGCUGACGAAGCGCACCACUGACUUGGUGCGAGUGGCAGGAACAGGCCGGACCGUACUGGGAACACACACCACUGGCCCUACGUGGGGAUCAGGAACAGGCCGGACCGGACUGGCAACACACGCCAGUACCUCUCGCCGUGCCUCUACAUCCUCCUUCCCCCUGGUGACCAGUGACUCCCGUAACCUGGCGGCCUCCUGCUGCCCCGUCGUCCACGGCGUUAGCCCCCCCCUAAAAAAUUUAUGGGCUUCACUCCUACCCGUGGCCAAGGCCUCCAUCCCUCUUGCCAGACUCGCACUCAUCUCCUCCCAAGUCCAUCCUCUCUCCUCGUCACGCUGCUUGAUCCAGUCGAGGUGGGAUCUUCUGUCACGAUCGUCUAGAACAGAUGAUGAGGACCAAGGCGCAGCGUUGCAGGCAAACAUACUCUUUAAUUAGAGACACGAUCAAAACCAACAAACGAUACGUGACAGUUCACGGUCUAACAUAAACAGACUUGAAACAAGAUCCCACAAACACAAAUGGGAAACAGACAGUUUAAAUAUGGCUCCCAAUCAGAGACAACCAACGACAGCUGACACUCGUUGCCUCUGAUUGGGAGCCACUCAGGCCAACAUAGAAAUACACAUACUAGAUAAACAAAUGAAAUGCACACCCUGGCUCAACAUACAAGUGUCCCCAGAGCCAGGGCGUGACAAAACCACACCACAGCUCUCACAGCAAGCCAAUACAGACAAACAGUAACACUCCUGCAUCAAAUCAAAAUAAUGGCUGCAAUAAUAUACUUAUUAUUUCAAACAGAAACACACAGAUCUCUGUGACAAUCCAAUAUACAGUAGUUCAUAAAUGUCUCUCGCUCUCUUAGACCUACUCCUUCCAUAUCUGUUGAGGAAGCCAAACUAUUUAAACAUCCCUCGAAUGUGCCACAAGCUCUUUCUCCAGUCCUGUAAUGUCUCUGCACAGUGUUAUCCUGUAGAGUGUAUGCUACUGCUGUAGCUUUCUGGCGCUAGCUCAGCACCAGGCCUGCUUGGCCAUAUUAGGCCAGUGGAGGCUACCACAUGGUAUUUAUAGCAGCCUCUUGUUCUCAAUGGUAAUUGCGGUCUGCUGUAUGUCCCAGUGUGAGAUUAAUGUUGCGAUCAUAGACCCCUUCUUUAUCCGUGAUGAUUUCACCCUGCGAUGCUAGAGUCAGGGGACUUGCCAAACUCAUGUACAACGAGAUUAUGAGUCAUGUUGCUAUGGUUCUGUGGGGUGGGUGAGGAUUUUGGCGCAUCAAGUUGGGAUUUAAACAGUAGUGUAUUAGAGGAGAUUUAGGGUAUUAAACGUCUGAAUUAAAUCCACCUACAUCAAAUGCUGAGUUUUUGCAACUGGAAUAUAUACCUACAAUAUGAGAUGCUUUCCAAAAGUCUUUGGUGUUCAUUAAAAAAACAUUGUAUCAAAGCCUUUAGGCUACAGGGAAUGUGGGUUGAUGUAAUAUUGUUGGAGGACAGAGAGAAGGAAUAAGAUAAUUUGGAGUUAAAAAAUAGGAAAGCGAGGGAGAGAGGGAGAGGAUGAGAUUGAACUGGUUGAUUAUUAGCAGCAGACUAGGAAGGCUAGCUCCAUGCAGCAUUUGUGUAAACAUUGGCAGCAUUACAGGAACAAAGCUGGUGCUAGUUGUCUGUACACAGGCUCGACUCAGACAUGUAACUUCUUAGGUAAGUCCUCGAUCUCCACAUCUGAAACUUCUUAGUCAUAGUUAGGAGAAAUCAGAACAUUCUAACAUCAAAGGGUUUUCACUUGUAUACUAAUUGAGUUCUGGUUCUAAGACCUCUAAACAUCUAGAAUGCCUGGAUGUCCUCUGUUCUUUCUACAGAUGUCCUUGUUAGCUUUAGUCUCUGUGAUGUUGAUCACUUUAUCUCUUCAUGUGUAUGGCCAAGCAAUCGAAGCAGUUUCUAUGUAUACUGAGCUACACUGUUCUUUUUCCUAACAGGAGAGAACCUUUUCAUGUUCUAUCUAUAGCUUCUGUUGAUUAUUCUCGUUCGUUUGUCAGAGCAUUGUCUGUUUAUCUUGCCAGUGAAAUUGAAUUCUGGAGCCCAUGGUUUUGUAAAGAGGUGGUUGCUACAAUACUAUGGUUCCUCUGUGGAGCUGAAUGAACUGUGACUUGUGGAGAGGCUGGUGGUGGAGACAGUGUGUCUCUUGUGGUGCUGGACUAGACUCACAGAAUGAUUGGGUCAGGGAUUCAGGGAUUAAUCCAUUAUCUGUCCAGCGCUGGUCACUUCCAAGGGUCCCUCAGCAAUGUGUGUGUGUCUGUCUCCAUCGCUCCUGCCAAACCGCUCAUCUCUCCAAACACACAUCACCGUGGUGAUACAAGUAGAGCAACACACAAGCAGAACAGGAGACAGUGGAGCAGAGAUACGCUCUUUGUUGGGGGGCUAAUUAGGAAUAUUCAAGUAAUUCAGUUCAUGCUUAUUGCUACAAUUCUCUGUGCUUUACACCUCACAAACGCUAUCAAGUUACAAUGUGUCCAUUUCAUUAACUACGUUACCAUAUCGGUUGGUCCAUAAACGUCAUUGUGGAAUUAUUGUUGUGUUUGAUCUAUAUUACAAAUUUCAUUUUUAUUACCCUGCCUCGCUCUGUGUUGCAUAGACAGGACGAUGCGCCUGUUCUGUUCAUUUUGAUACUGUUAAGGAUCGUGCUCACACGGGGCACCAUUUUGUAGGGAUCAGUGGAGGCUGGUGGGAGGAGCUAUAGGAGGACGGGAUCAUUGUAAUGGCUGCAAUGGAAUAAAUGGAAAUGAGUUAAAUGUGGUUUCCAUAUGUUAGAUGUGUUUGAUACCGUUCCAUUUAUUCCAUUCCAACCAUUACAAUGAGCCCGUCCUCCGAUAGCUCCUCCCACCAGCCUCCUCUGGUAGGGACAUCCUUAAAAUUCAUUAAAAUUAUAUAUGGUAAACAUGUACUAUGUUGUUUCUCCAGAGCUGACCCAGGUGCAUGGUGGGAAGCCGAGCAGCUUGCCCCUGGUGGAGGUCACCAGUCCCCUCCAAUCAGAUGAGGAGUACCUGAGCCCCCUGGAGGAGGUCAUGGAGAUUGGAGAACCCCCCUCGCGAGGGGUGGGGCCACAGUCUAAAUACGCCUUCUUCAAAGAUCCCCCCUCUUUUCAGGUAAAGAAGAUUCAGGAGGCAUCUCAAUAGUCUAAGGUGGAUUUCUCCCCUCGCCAUUGAGUUUUCAAUGUACUGGCUUUUAAACAGUCUUUGUCUUUCGGUUUGAUAGGUAGCACUGAAUGACCAAGUGGUGACAGAGGGACAGGAGGUUACCAUGUCUGUCAGAGUCAGAGGACAUCCUCAACCUAUGGUGUACUGGUAGGAAUACAGUAUACAGUGUGUGUCAAUAAAGUUUGUCAUGACUUUCUCUCGUUUGCUUUUGCAAGAGUUCAAAAUGUACCUGUUUUGAUCACCCAGGUUGAGGGACAAAGUGACCCUAAAAACCAAUGGCAGAUUCAUUGUGCGUGAGACAGAGGACGGCACCAGUGAAAUGAUCAUCGCUCCAGCACAGAGAACUGAUGCAGGACUCUACACUUGCAAGAUCAUCAACGAAUACGGAACCAAGCAGAGCGAAUGCAAACUAGAGGUCAAAGGUAAAGAUCACUCCGAAGUCCACAAGACCAGCGUCAGUGACUGACCAUUAGGGUUGGUGCCGGCUGCAUUUUGAAAAAAGCUCAAAAUCAAAUCAAAGUUGAUUGUUAUCUCAGGUGCAGCGAAAUGCUUGUGUUUCCAGCUCCAACAGUAACAGAUCUGUAUUGGUCUCUUCUCUCCUCUGUCUUUUCCCCAGCCUCCCCAGCACAGGAAGCCCUGGCCAUCAUCAGAGAGGUGCGAGACGUGGCGGUGAGGGCCGGAGAGUCGGCCAUGUUUGAGUGUCACAUGACCGGGCCUCUGGAUGUGGAGGUAGACUGGCUGUCCAAUGGGAAGCUGGUUCAGCCGGCACUGCUCAACUGCAAGAUGACCUUUAACGGGAAGAGGUGGGUAGGACUAGACCAGGACUCUUCAACCCUGUUGUUCUCCAGGAACAGUGUUGAAGAGCCCUGGCCUAGACACUCUGAAAGGGAAAAGUGCCUCAAUGCUGUUAAGUGAAUUCCUUCCUUUUCCCUUGAUUGAAUGGGUGAGAGCGAUAUAGGGUGUGCCUCAAAUCUUUGAAGGGAUUUCCUUUCCUUGCCCCUUUCUCCAACAUCCACUCUGAUCUGAGUAGAUUGGAUGGUUAGUUAGAGCAAUAUGGAGGGGGCCUACAAAAUAACAUUUAUAAUACUAAAUUGUAAUUAUUUUGCACUAUGGCCUAUUUAUUGCCUUACCUCCAUAACUUACUAUAUUUGCACACACUGUAUAUAGAUUUUCUAUUGUGUUAUUGACUGUAUGUUUUGUUUAUCCCAUGUGUAACUCUGUGUUGUUGUUGUUUUUAUCACACUGCUUUGCUUUAUCUUGGCCAGGUCGCAGUUGUAAAUGAGAACUUGUUCUCAACUGGCCUACCUGGUUAAAUAAAGGUGAAAUAAAAAAAUUAAAAAUAAAAUACAACAACAUUUUGUCCAUAAGCAAACUGUGAAUGGGACAUUCACUUUUUCUAAUGAAGGAAACAGCCCAAGUGGAUCUGAGGCAGUGGCAGUAUGUUAGCUCAUGGAGCGUGUAAUAAGGUCCAGACAGCUGACAGAGGGGAUUUCUAUUACAGGUGCCGGCUGCUGUUAAACUCAGUACAUGAAGACGACAGUGGAACCUACACCUGCAAGCUGAGCACUGCCAAAGGUAAAUGAGACCUCCUUUGACUUCCUUGCCAAAUAAUGGGUUUAUAAGGCAGUAAUUAAUUGCUGCUGUUGUAAGUAAUGUAAUGGUACAGCCACACUAUUUGGCAGGCACCAAAAAUGAUGAUCACACAAUUUCAGCCAAUGAGUUAAAACCUCUUUAUUAAUAAUUUGUAAAUCACUUAUUGUCUAUAAACUACUUAUAAACCAUGAAUGUAAUUGUUGGUCAUUUUCCUUCCUGUUCCAGAGGAGUUGACCUCCAGUGCCCAACUAAAGGUCACUCCCUCCAGGGAGCCCCUGUUCACCCGCAAGCUGGACAUCCUGGAGGUCAUAGAGGGUCGCACAGCCCGCUUUGACUGCAAGGUCAGCGGGUCUCCUCCUCCCAGCGUCACCUGGAACCAUUUCGGUAAGUAUCCCUCUUGGAAUGUACUGUAUUUCCUAUUGGUACAGAAUGCACAGCAAAUUGGUAAUGUAGGCUAGUAUGGCUUGUAAUAUCUCUUUGUUAGCCCAUUGGUUGACUCUUUAUGAAUCUACCAUAUUGUGUUUAUCUCCAUCCAGAGAACCCGGUGGAGGAGAGUGAGAAUGUGCGUCUCCUGCAGGAAGGAGGCCGUUACUCAUUGGUCAUCAUCCACGUCAGCAGCGACACGGAGGGCUUCUACACAGCCGUCGCUAAGAACGCACACGGAAAGGCGGAGUGCACAGCCGAACUCUACAUGCAGGAACCGCGGCCCGCUAUCUCUUCUCACAUGUACGAGGAAAACCAUAGACAUGGGGUGAUCCCACUAGUCUGACUAGGCUUCUUCUCCUCAUCUGCAGUGAUCUAAAAACUAAUAAUAGGUGUUUCCUUAUCUUAUCUUCUCUUCUGUAUUUCCGUUUCCUUCUGUCUCUCAUUCUAUUUGCUCCCUUCUUCUCUCCAGGGCAAAGCUGGAGAAGAUGCCUUCCAUCGCUGAGGAGCCAGAGGUUCUGGAGAGCGAGGUGGAGCAGGAGCAGAGGACCAUGCCCGACUUCGUCAAGCCCCUGGCUGACCUGGAGAUGAUCGAGGGGAAGGAGGCGGUGCUAAAGUGUAAGGUGGCGGGCCUGCCCUACCCCACCAUCGCCUGGUACCACAACGGCAAGAAGAUAGACAGUACAGACGACAGGAAGAUGACUCAGAGUAAGGAGACAAUCUCUCUCUCUCUCUCUCUCUCUCUCUCUCUCUCUCUCUCUCUCUCUCUCUCUCUCUCUCUCUCUCUCUCUCUCUCUCUCUCUCUCUCUCUCUCUCUCUACCUCCCUCUCCCUCUCCCUCUCUCUCAUUUUUUCUAUCGCUCCUCUACUAGCAUUAUCUGACUCUCUUCCUCCCUCCUCUACCUGCGUCAUCUCUCUCUCUACAUUAGUUAUAUAUCUCUCUCUCCCUCCAGACAGAGAUGUCCACAGUCUGAUCAUCCGCUGUGUGUGCCACGGCCACGGGGGCGUCUACAAGUGUGUCAUCUCCAACAAAGUGGGGAAGGCAGCCUGCUACGCACACCUCUACAUCACAGGUAUGGAUGGGGACCAUGUGAAAGCAAUCACAGCAACAUGUGCUCCAACCAAAAACGCCAUGAGAAUCCCUGUGCCAUCUGACUACAGUAUGGGUGUGUUGGUACAUUUGUAUUUUCAUUUGAUAGACAUUGUUCCUGAUCCCCCCGAUGGUCCUCCAGUGGUAGAGUCCAUAACAGGGAAGACCAUAACACUCAGCUGGAAGAAACCAAAGAGACUUGACUCUUCCAUAGGUAUGCCUCAAUAUGACUGAGAGUCACAGGGACCCGGGUUCGAGUCCCUGUCAGGCUAGUCUACCCUACAAAUUCGCUACACUGCUACAGUAACCCCCUAUGGUUGUGCUUCCAGAUGGCAGUUCUUUGACGUAUGCGGUGCAGCAGCAGCCUCUGGGUUCCAUCCAGUGGAGUAUCAUAGCCUCCAACCUGAGAGAGACCACCUACACCGUCACCGGUCUCUCCAAGGGAGUCCGCUACGCCUUCAGGGUCCUAGCGGCCACCGCCAAGCUCCUCAGCAAACCCUCCCCCUCCACUGACCUGGUGCAGCUCAUGGACAGAGGUACUUGUAUAGGCUCCAAGUCUCUACAGUCACUCAGUUCUGAUCGAGGCAUUUGGUUUUGUUGUUUUCGUGGUUGCUUUAUUUAAUAAAGUCAACAUGUUCGCUACAAACGCUGCGCUUUGGUCCGCUUCCUUAGACGAUCGUGACAGAAAAACCCACCAAGAUGGGACCAAGCAGCGUGUCCAGGAGCCAUCGCCAGGGAGAUCCCUCACAGAUCUCCUUCGCCUCCUGGACUGGGUCAAGCCGAGGGAGGAAGACAAGGGCUUGACGUUAUGGUAGAAGGGCGAGAAGCUGGCGAGGGAUAUGGAGAAGUGGUCCACGGGUAGGAGAGACGCCCCGAAAAUUUUUAGGGGGGGGCUCACGACGGCGGACCAGCAGGAGGCCGCGAUAGAGCGGUCCAGUGGGUUGCCGGAGAAGGCCGCCGGGUUACGGGGGCCACUGGUAGAAGAGGGGAUGGAAGGUGUGGAGGCACGGCGAGAGGUACUGGCGUGUGUUGCCAGUCCGGUCCGGCCCGUUCCAGAGCCCGGUGUAGAACCAGUGGUGUGUGUCCCCAGUACGGUCCGGUCUAUUCCUGCUCCCCGCAUCGAACCUGCGGUGCGCGUCGCCAGCCCAGUCCGGCCCAUUCCUGCUCCCCGCAUCAAGUCUGUGGUGCGUCUCGUCAGCCCGGCUCUGCCCGUUCCUGCUCCCCGCACCAGGUCGGGGGUACGCAUCGCCAGCCCGGUCCGGCCCAUUCCUGCUCCCCGCGUCAAGUCUGUGGUGCGUCUCGUCAGCCCGGCUCUGCCCGUUCCUGCUCUCCGCGCCAAGUCUGUGGUGCGCGUCGCCAGCCCUGUCCGGCCCGUUUCUGCUCUCCGCACCAAGUCUGUGGUGCGCGUCGCCAGCCCAGUCCGGCCCAUCCAAGCUCCCCGCACCAGGUCAGUGGUGCGCGUCGUCAGCCCGGUCCGGCUCAGUCCUGCUCCCCGCACCAGGUCAGUGGUGCGCGUCGUCAGCCUGGUCCAGCCCGUUCCUGCUACUCGCACCAAACCAGGGAUGCGAGUCGUCAGCCUGGUCCAGCUCGUUCCUCCUACACGCACCAAGCCAGGGGCGCGUGUCGUCAGUCCGGCUCCGACCAGCGGGGCUAGACAGGACCAGGGGUACUUUGGGGGGUUGAAGAGGAGGUGGGGAUCAGGGCCGGAGCCAGAACCACCGCCGAGGAGGUAUGCCCACCCAGCCCUCCCUUGUUUAGCCUUAAUGAGGCGCGGUCGCAGUCCGCGCCUUUAGGGGGGGGGUACUGUCACGCUCUGGCUCCGGGACUUUGUGUGUUGAGCCAGGGUGUGUUCGUUUCGUGGUGUUUUGUUUGGUUGGGUGGUUCUAUGUGUUGUAUUUCUUUGUUUGGUUGAGUGACUCCCAAUCAGAGGUAACGAGUGUCAGCUGUUGGCUCGUUGUCUCUGAUUGGGAGCCAUAUUUAUACUGUCUGUUUUCACCUUGUGUUUGUGGGUUUUUGUUCCUGUUCAGUCAUUGUCACUUUUGGACUUCACGUAUCGUCAUUUGGUUUUGUUGUUUUCGUGGUUGCUUUAUUUAAUAAAGUCAACAUGUUCGCUAAAGGUUAAAUGGCUCUAUGUAAACACUUGCAUAUUGCAAAAGCAAUGUCACCAAACACAUUGCGGCAGGUGCACAAAUAAAGUAUAAUUACAUGGUCCUUUCGAGCCGGAUAUGUAGCCAAAUAUAUAGGAUCUACUAUUGUGAGGGAAUGUUGGUCUGUCAACACAUCAGAGAUGAUGGCUUGAUCCCCUGAUCGUUUGACCUUUGAUCCCUACCAGGUCCCUAUCUGAGGAAAGCUCCCAUCAUCCUGGACAAGCCUGACGUUGUGUAUGUGGUGGAGAACCAGUCCGUGAGCAUCACCCUCACCCUCAACCACGUCAAUGCUGUGGUCACCUGGAAGAGGAGGGGGGUGGUGCUGCUCAACAAGCCAGGGAUGUUUGAGAUGAGCAUGCCAGACGACGACCAACACACCCUAAAGAUCCAGAGGGUGAAGAGCACUGACACCGGUCAGCUGGUCUGUACAGCCAACAACCAGUUUGGCAGUGACCUCUGUACCCUCCUACUGGCCAUGGCAGGUGAGUUUGGGGUCAAAGUUCACCCCUGUAUGCAGAUAUAGAAUCAACUAACAGCCCUGGUGCUUACUGUAACCAUGACAAGGUAAAAAGCCAAACUGACCCCAAACUCUCUCCCCUCCUUUUCUCACAACAGUGCGUCCUAAGUUCGAGUCCAUCAUGGAGGACUUGGAAAUACAUGUAGGAGAGACAUCUCGCUUUGCCGUGGUUGUCGAGGGGAAACCCGACCCUGAUAUUCUGUGGUACAAGGUAUGAUAAGAGUCAAUGGAUGGAUAUCAUAUCAUUAACCACAUAAACUUAUUCUGUAGUGAUUAAGCAGGUUAUUGGAUGAUUAACUCCUUUGUGGUUCCAGGAAAACAAACCUACCCCUCCAUGAUAGUUGAUCAAGUGGGAUUGAUUGUGGUUAUCUGUUCUGUGGUUCCAGGAUGACAUUGUGCUGUCGGAGAGCAGUCACUUCACCUUUGUGUACGAUGAUACAGAGUGUUCUCUGGUGGUGCUGAACGCCCGGCCUGAGGACUCAGGGGUGUACACCUGCACCGCCAAGAACCUGGCUGGGCAAGUCUCUUGCAAGGCUGAACUCACCAUCCACAAAGGUCAGGACCAUAGUCUAUAUUGUCUGAAUAAUAUAAGGAUAAAUACAGAUAUUGGAAUAAGUCUGGAAAACAUCUACAAUAAUGAUAUUUUGUGCUUUCAUAAUCGAAGUAUUAUUGUUGAUUAACACACCCUUAUGGUAAGGUAUUAAAGACACACUGUUGAAAAGUGUGCUUUUUCUGCAUACUGAAUAUUGUUAACACAGAUGUCACAGUACCAAGGCUUUUCCUAUUAAUUGUUGUUGCCAGAAAUGGCCGUUUUAGUUGGAUUGCAUCUGUUUGUCCUUGUGAUAUCUCAGCCAAAGCUUGGUGUAAUCGAAAGUUAAACAACCAAAUCUGCUCCAUAUGGGUUGGACCACAAGGUGUCUGAGACUAUUAAACCAUCUGUCAGCACACACACACACACACACACACACACACACACACACACACACACACACACACACACACACACACACACACACACACACACACACACACACACACACACAGACACAAACCACCCACCUACCCACAUUAACCUUGCCCGCUGUUCUAACCCCCUGCCUGCAGUGAGGAAGGAGGUGGUGGAGCCCAUGGAGGAUGAGGGGUCCAUUUUGAGGAAGAUGCGGAGGCUGACUGAUUACUACGACGUACACAAGGAGAUAGGACGGUGAGUCAUGGACCAGGCAAUCACAAACAACAUCCGCUCAGCCAGGCUAUCUCUUCUCUAUUUAAUGGCUCUGCGAGUGGUAGCUGCUAUCUGUAUUUAAUUGCAUUGUGAACGGUAGCCACAAAGGUCAGUACGGGGAAUUCCACCACACCAAACAACACACUGACUGCAUAAUGAUAGCAGACAGAAAUAGAGGAGAGGUGAGUCACCCGUCAGUAGAGGAACACAUCACAAAGGCUAUUUGUUUUUAGUUUUUCUCUGGUAGAGCUUGGCUUGACUCACCAGAAGUCCACCAAUAACAAGGUGUCACGUACCGUUUAAUACUCAUGUCCCUUUACUUUCUCAACUAGGACUUUAAGUUUCCCAGAACUGACCUGUUUUUAUGCUCACUCAAUCCCAUUGAAUCAUUUGGUGAUUCUCAUAGAGUUAUUGCAACGAUGUCAUCAUUGUGCGACUGUUUUCCAGUGGAGCGUUCUCCUAUGUGAAGAGGGUGACUGAGAAGAAGGGGAAGGUGGAGUACGCGGCCAAGUUUGUGUCUGCGAGGGCCAAGAGGAAGGCAUCGGCCCUGAGGGAGAUGAACCUUCUGUCAGAGCUGGACCACGAGAAAGUCCUCUACUUCCAUGACGCCUUCGAGAAGAAGAACAUGGUCGUCAUCAUCACUGAGCUGUAUCCUUUCACUGACUGAUUCCUUGAUUCAUUUUGGUUGUCAGAAAAUCCAUUACAUGAUGACCAAACCGGCUCUGCACCUGCGUCCACGUGCGCCAUCGUGCACAUGUUGAAUUUGUUUAUCCCCACCAGACGCGUUCACAACAUGCAGGUUAAAAUACCAAAACCAACUGUGAACCAACUAUAUUAAUUUGGGGAGAGGUCGAAACGCAUGAAACAUUAAUGGACAUUUAGCUAGCUUGCUGUUGCUAGGUAAUUUGUCUUGGGCGAUAAACCAAAGACAGUACAGUAUUCAGAUAGGCUAAAACUGCUUCUCCAAUAGAAAUCCCUGAUCACACUUGUAGGCGACGUUGGCUAGCAAAGCUCAUGCGUAGAAACACGUCAUUGGGUCUCGCUCCGAACUGCGCAUGUGCAAAUCAAAGGCAUUCCUUCGAUAUAAAGUUGUUUUUGACUAAAAUUAAAAAGUGUCCGUUUGUCACUUUGACGAGGUUGGAAUAAUAACAUGUUCAACUUCUUAAGUCAUUGGCUCAAAUCUAUGUUGUGCCUUUAGAUUUCGAGAAAAUUAACAACUAAGGAAUAAUUUUUUACUUCUCUCAUUGACUUCUCAAACACCCUGUUCUGGUCUGUUUGGUGUGUUUCGCAAGCGUUCCCGGAAGUCUUGCGAUGUAGCGCCUCUGGGUUUAGAAAAACAUUGCGUUAUUUUACCUGAAAUGCUUAUGGUCCUUUUUAUGCUGGAUCUUUGUAGAAUAUUGACCCAUUUUGAGUCACACAUAAUCGUGUAUUCUAUACUCACAGAUAAAAGGGGAAACCUAGUUCGUUUUUACUUCAUUUUCUUUUAUUCAUCUCUCCUAGUUCAUUCUUAUUCUAAUGAUUUUUCUUCUUCUGUGGAUUUUAUAUGGCGGUUGGCAACCGACUAUAAGGUGCAUUACCGCCACCAACUUGACUGGAGUGUGGACCUCGUUCAUCUUUCAAUCACCCAUGUGGGUAUAUGCUCGUAAAAACCAAUGAGUAGAUGGGAAAGGCGGGACUUGCAGCGUGUCAAGCAUCUAAAAUAGAACCAAGUUCUGUUUUAGCGCCUGGCUACACAGACGCCCGUUGACGCGCGCGAGCAGUUUGGAUGAAAUGAUUGAAUAACAUGUACAGUUGAAGUCAGAAGUUUACAAACACUUAGGUUGGAAUCAUUAAAACUAGUUUUUCAACCACGCCACAAAUGUCUUGUUAACAAACUAUAGUUUUGGCAGGUCAGUUAGGACAUCUACUUUGUGCAUGACACAAGUCAUUUUUCCAACAAUUGUUUACAGACAGAUUAUUUCACUUAUAAUUCAUUGUAUCACAAUUCCAGUGGGUCAGAAGUUUACAUACACAGUUGACUGUGCCUUUAAAAAGCUUGGAAAAUUCCAGAAAAUGAUGUCAUGGCUUUAGAAGCUUCUGAUAAGCUAAUUGACACCAUUUGAGUCAAUUGGAGGUGUACCUGUGGAUGUAUUUCAAGGGCUACCUUCAAACUCAGUGCCUCUUUGCUUGACAUCAUGGGAAAAUCAAAAGAAAUCAGCCAAAACCUCAGAAAAAAAUGUGUAGACCUCCACAAGUCUGGUUCAUCCUUGGGAGCAAUUUCCAAACACCUGAAGGUACCACGUUCAUCUGUACAAACAAUAGUAUGCAAGUAUAAACACCAUGGGACCACACAGCCGUCAUACCGCUCAGGAAGGAGACGCGUUCUGUCUCCUAGAGAUUAACGUACUUUGGUGCGAAAAGUGCAAAUCAAUCCUAGAACAACAGCAAAGGACCUUGUGAAGAUGCUGGAGAAAACAGGUACAAAAGUAUCUAUAUCCACAGUAAAACGAGUCCUAUAUCGACAUAACCUGAAAGGCCGCUCAGCAAGGUAGAAGCCACUGCUCCAAAACCGCCAUAAAAAAGGCAGACUACGGUUUGCAACUGCACAUGGGGACAAAGAUCGUACUUUUUGGAAAAAUGUCCUCUGGUCUGAUGAAACAAAAAUAGAACUGUUUGGCCAUAAUGACCAUUGUUAUGUUUGGAGGGAAAAGGGGGGUGCUUGCAAGCCGAAGAACACCAUCCCAACCGUGAAGCACGGGGGUGACAGCAUCAUGCUGUGGGGGUGUGUUGCUGUAGGAGGGACUGGUGCACUUCACAAAAAGAUGGCAUCAUGAGGAAGGAAAAUGAUGUGGAUAUAUUGAAGCAACAUCUCAAGACAUCAGUCAGGAAGUUAAAUCUGGGUCGCAAAUGGGUCUUCCAAAUGGACAAUGACCCCAAGCAUACUUCCAAAGUUGUGGCAAAAUGGCUUAAGGACAACAAAGUCAAGGUAUUGGAGUGGUCAUCACAAAGCCCUGACCUCAUUCCUAUAGAACAUUUGUGGGCAGAACUGAAAAAGCGUGUGUGAGCAAGGAGGCCUACAAACCUGACUCAGUUACACCAGCUCUGUCUGGAGGAAUGGGCCAAAAUUCACCCAACUUAUUGUGGGAAGAUUGUGGAAGGCUACCCGAAACGUUUGACCCAAGUUAAACAAUUUAAAGGCAAUGCUACCAAAUACUAAUUGAGUGUAUGUAAACUUCUGACCCACUGGGAAUGUGAUGAAAUAGGCCUCCUGUAGCUCAGUUGGUAGAGCAUGGCGCUUGCAACGCCAGGGUUGUGGGUUCGAUUCCCACGGGUGGGCAGUAUGAAAAAUGUAUGCACUCACUAACUGUAAGUCUCUCUGGAUAAGAGUGUCUGCUAAAUGACUAAAAUGUAAUGAAAUAAAUAAAAGCUUAAAUAAAUUAUUCUAUCUACUAUUAUUCUGACAUUUCACUUUCUUAAAAUAAAGUGGUGAUCCUAACUGACUUAAGACAGUGAAUUUUUACUAGGAUUAAAUGUCAGGAAUUGUGAAAAACUGAGUUUCAAUGUAUUUGGCUAAGGUGUAUGUAAACAUCCGACUUCAACUGUAUGUCUACAUUUAUUUUGCAACACUUGUGCAUGCAACGCGGACGGUCUGGUCAGCAUGUAAGAAGCCAUAUUACAAGAGAUGAAAAGUUUGAAUAUAACAUAUUCACUGAGCCAGUAUUGUAUUGGUUGCAUCAACAUUCUUUCCCUGUUAAUCCAACAUAUCUCAUCUAUGUAAUAAUGUUGCAUCAAAACUAAAGCCAUCAAUGACCUCAAAAACCAACAUCAUGGUUCCUAGAAUUGUUUGUUUUCAAAUUAUAUUCAUUUUUGUUUACAGCUAGAUCCAAUAUGGAUCAAAAUAUGGCAUUGAUCCUACGUCUUUGCAUAAAAACCUCUCCAUGAACACACCAGAGCCAAGAGCCUUCUUCCCACCUUGUGCAUGAGAGAGAACUGCUGCAUAACAUUAAUCUAAAUGUCCUCUCUACUCCCCUGGAGACAUGACUGAACCGUAGCGCUACUUUCUCCUGACUCAUCACAGAUUGGUUACAUUACCAGGAGACGCGAUGUGUGGGAGUUUGGUUCAUAUAUUAUAAAAAAUGUAAUUCGCCUCCCACUUGGACUGUAGCGAUAAGGUUAUCACCAUAGACUUAGAUAGACAUCGCAUCAUUGUCUCUGUCCCAUUAUGGCGUCUGUGAGAGCAUGGGCAGGGCCAUUGAGGCCAUCUCCAUUUUGAAGAAGUCUAUUUUCUUCAUCUACUACUUCUGUGAGUUGAUAAACAAGCUGAAAGGGUGUAUACUGCCACCUGUACUGUGUUGUUUGAACAGGUACAAAGCCAAAGUUGGCGAUUUACUGCCACCUGCAGUUAUGGAAUGUUUGCUCACGAGUAUAAUUCAUUGGCUGAUCCCUUCUGAUGACCCGGAUGGAAUCAUGUGAUCCUUCCUUAACCCAUAGGAAGUCCCAACCAGUUGACUACUUAAAAAUGGUGAAAGUCCUCAAUGGCGCUGCCCAUUAUAAAACAGGAUUUUGGGCACUAGAGUCCUCUAUCUGUCUCUAUGGUUAUUAAACACUAUACCUAUAUUCUCCUUAACUGCUGUGUGAAGAUGCCAUGAGGAACUUCUGGACCGGCUGACCAAGAAGACUACCGUCAUGGAGUCCGAGGUUUGCCUUGGCCUGUUUGUCUUAUGUUUGAGUGUGCUCUGGAUUGCAUGGAAAAAUCAACCAUUUUUAUCUAAAAACAUACCGAAAUUCAGUGAAAUAUAUUUUUUUUUACAUGUUGAACGUACAAGAAUAUAGAAUGUAGAAUGUAGAAUAUGGAAUAUAGAAUGUAGAAUGUAGAAUAUAGAAUAUAUACUGAACAAAAAUAUAAACGCAAUAUGUGACAAUUUCAACAAUUUUACUGAGUUACAGUUCAUAUAAGGAAAUCAGUCAACUGAAAUAAAUAAAUUAGGCCCUAAUCUAUGGAUUUCACAUGACUGGGCAGGGGCGCAGCCAUGGGUGGGCCUGGUAGGGCAUAGGCCCACCCACUUGGGAGCCAGGCCCAGCCAAUCAGAAUGAGUUUUUCCCCACAAAACGGCUUUAUUACAGACAUAAAUACUCCUCAAUUUCAUCAGCUGUCCGGGUGGCUGGUCUCAGACGAUCCCACAGGUGAAGAAGUCAGAUGUGGAUGUCCUGGGCUGGCGUGGUUAGACGUGGUCUGUGGUUAUGAGGCCGGUUGGACGUACUGCCAAAUUCUCUAAAACGACAUUGGAGGUGGCUUAUGGUAGAGAAAUGAACAAUAAAUUAUCUGGCAACAGCUCUGUUGGACAUUCCUGCAGUCAACACGCCAAUUGCACGUUCCCUCAAAACUUGAGACAUCUCUGGCAUUGUGUUGUGUGACAAAUUUAGAGUGGCCUUUUAUUGUCCCCAGCACAAGGUGCACCUGUGUAAUGAUCAUGCUGUUUAAUCAGCUUCUUGAUAUGCCACACCUGUCAGGUGGAUGGAUUAUCUCGGCAAAGGAGACAUGCUCACUAACAGGGAUGUAAACAAAUUUGUGCACAACAUUUGAGAGAAAUAAGCUUUUUGUGGGUAUGGAACAUUUCUGGGAUCUUUUUUUAACAUUUUACAUGUUGCGUUUAUAUUUUUGUUCAGUGUAGAAUGUAAAUUAUAGAAUGUAGAAUGUAGAAUAUAGAAUAUAGAAUGUAGAAUGUGGUAAAGGAGAUGUUCUGUUCUGCAGAUCCGGUCAAGUAUUCAGCAGGUGCUUGAAGGGGUCAGCUACCUUCACCAGAAAGAUAUUGCUCAUCUUGAUAUCAAGGUACAUCAGAUUCCCACUGUGCAAGGGACACAUACAGUAUUUUAAUCACAAGCUAUUAUAUAACAGAUACUUCUGCGAUUAUCAACUUACUUAAUAUAACCAGGAAAGAAUAUAGCAAACCCCCAAAUACAUAUUACUCAGAUACUGAUGUAUUUUCCUCGCUCAAAACAUGUACACUAAAAUGAAUAACAUUACACAAAUCAAGUCACAGUUUUAUAAUAGUUUUACAUAGAUCAAAUAACAGAGGAUGGUCUCUAAUGCGCAUUUUAUUUGUAUUCGGAUUUAAGAAUAUUAGCAUGAAAAUAUGUUGCCAAUUGUAUGGAAACCUAGUUUAUGUUCUGAAUAAUUCCCUGUUUUUCUCCACCCCACUCAGCCUGAGAACAUCCUAAUGGCAGGCCGACACAGUGACAAGAUCCGCAUCUGUGACUUUGGCAAUGCCGUCAAGCUGGAGACCACUGAAGCACACUACUGCAAAUACGGCACUCCGGAAUUUGUUGCCCCGGAGAUUGUUAACCAAACGCCGGUCUCCAAGGCAACAGACAUCUGGUGGGCACCUGGUCGGGGGGAAACUCUCUCCUUUAAUCUAUUUCCUGAUUAAUCAUGAUUUUAUCGCUCUCUCCCUCUCUCCUUCAUCUUGCCCUCUGAAAGUAAUUUAUCUCUCUCUCUCUGUUCGCAGGCCUAUUGGGGUCAUCACUUACCUAUGGUGAGUGGUUAAGGUUCUGGUUGGGCUGAGAACAUGAUAAAUGUGUCUGGUCGAGAUAUUCUUAGAAUUCAAUACACCUUUUGCCAUUACAUUUCUUUCUUUAUUGAAGUGUCAAUCUUGAAAUGUAAUGUUUCUCCACAAAGCAAAACACCAAUGCAUAUCACCUGCAUAUUGUUUGCAUAUUGCCACAGGCUUCAAUUGACCCAAUUAAAAUGGACUUGACAGCAAGUAAACAGUCUCAGUAAAAUAAUAUUGACAUCAUAUAUUUCCCUUCUAGCCUGACUGGUGUGUCUCCUUUUGCUGGGGAGAACGACAGAUGCACCGUCCUCAACAUCAGGAACCAAAAUGUGGCUUUUGAGGAGAGUAUGUUCGCUGACCUCUGUAGAGAGGCCAAGGGAUUCGUCAUCAAACUGCUGGUGGCUGACAGACUGUGAGUGUUAUUGAUGAUAAUGCCUUUGUAUAAAUUGAUUCAAAUGAAUUCCCUUAUAUUAGGAAUACAAACAAUUUCAAUUUCAACACAAAAGAAGAAUAGAAAAUAAGUAUUUGGGGCUUAGUGUUUCAACAUCACGAUGUAAUGUUUUACUCUCAGGAGGCCUAAUGCUACAGAGAGCCUUCGCCACCCCUGGUUCAAGACUUCAAUAAAAGACAAGAGCAUCAACACAGCGAUGCUAAAGCAAGUCUUAUCUCGAAGACGUUGGCAGGUAAGGCAUUCAUUAUUUCUGUAAGGAGUACAUUGAUUAAUGCACUUCAAUGAAUCCCUUUAAGUACCUUCCAAAUUACUCCUUUUAACACUGUCCAUUUUCUCCCUAUCUCUACCCAGCGUUCCCUCAUCAGCUACAAAUCCAAGAUGGUGAUGCGCUCCAUCCCGGAGCUUCUCAACGACUCGUCCAACCACAUCUCCAUCGCUGUGGCCCGUCACCUCAAAGAGGGCUCGCCCCCCCCCUCCUCAUCCUCCGACUCGGACGAAGAUGUGGACGAACUCCCCUUCAUCCCCAUGCCCCUGUCUAUGGUGUUCUCCGGCUCCAGGGUCUCCCUCAACGAGAUACCAGGGGAAGAGGACAUCACAGGACCGCCUUCCAGGUCCAAUGGGACGGUGGAAGGGGCGGGGUUAACCCGGCACAGGGAACAGCCCAUAGAGGAGGUGGUGUCCAAAACGGAGGCCAAGGAAUUAGGAGGAAGCAUAGGAACGAGAAAAAGGGUAACAACUGAGGAAGAUGGCGGGUCUUCGGACGAGGAGAAGACUGCGGUGAAGACGAAGAGAGUCCCCCUGAAGAAGGGUUCCAGUGUGGAGGAGGAUGACACGCAGACGAAGUCCAGGAGAGCGACGAUGAGGAGGGGCAGUUCAGCUGACUCUGCCUUGCUUCUCCACAUCGAGCCAGAGGAGGGGGCUGUGGAGGAGGGCAAGGAAGACAGCGGCCAAAAAAGCCUCAAAAAGGCUAUUUCCAUGGAGCUACCCAAUCGGAGCCCCAGCCCUGGGGCAGCUAAGAUGAGCCAGGAGGACUAUGCCCUCAAACUGGAGCUGAUGAGACAGAGGCUGCUGAGGGGAGGCAACAGCAAAAGCGGCCUGCGAGGUCCCCUGCUGGAGACCCUGGGAAUGGACGAUGAGAGGCGAACCUCGUCCCUGGACCGAAACUUGAGGAGAUCCAGGGUGGGGGCGCCAGAGCGGUCGCUGGCCAGAGCAGCCUCUACCGAAAGCACAGUGGAGGACACACCCAAAACCAAAAUGCUCCAGAAGAGUUCCUCUUUCAGUCAGGGCGACUCGGAGCCCAUGCCCCUGCACCGGCGGUUCGGAGCCCCUUUAGAGAUCCCCACUAGCACAUCUAGCCAGAGCGGAGCAGAGAGGAGUGACAGUGCUAAAAGGACCCAAAGCAUUGAAAGGAACACAGAGGGGGAAGUCCUCCAAGAGGCCACUUCCAUAUCAGCAAUUACGGAGCAGACCAGGCUGGAGUCCAGACCUUACUCUCGUGGGCCCUCUCCUGGGCCCUCUUCUGGGCCCUCUUCCUCCAUACAGCCCACCCCAGUCACAGAGGACCAAGGAGUGAGGAAAGAGAAAGAACCAGAGGAGAAGAAGAAGAGCAAGUCUGAGGAGACCUCUGAAAGAGAUGAAGACAUGGACAGAAGGACCAAAGCACAGGAGAGGGUUGACAGACACGAGUCGAAGAGGGAGCUUUCCCUGGGCAGGUCUCCUACUGUGUUAGCUCCUGUGAUCGUCAUAGAGGAGGAGGACACUGAGGAAGAUGAACAGAAAGAAAAGCAGGAGAUAGAGUUAAAGAAAGAAGAGGUAAAAGCAAAAGGUGGCGAUUCUCCAGGGGUUCCGCCUAAAGAAAAAACGUCUGCGUACGCCAACGUGAUGCAAACCAUUGUAGUACCAUCUGGGAAAUCUGACAGCAGCCGGAGAUCUCAAUCUACACCUAGCCCCACGUUGCCUGAACACCCUGCCGUCUUCGCCAAGGUGGCCACCGAACGCCCAACCAGCCCAACCAUCUCGAAUAGCUUGUCUACGGUCCCAGACCGCCCCACCACCCCACGCCAACCUACCACACCACUGAGAACAGAUAUCAAGGACAUCGACUCAGAGGAAGUCUUUGAAUCCAGGUUCAAGAAGCGUGAGUCAUCCCUGACCCGUGGGCUCCGGAGACUGACCAGGACCAAAUCAGAAGAGAAGUCCCCGAUCCUUCCCCGUAAGGCAGGCGAGGGGGAGGAGGUAUACCGGCCGGGGCGUCUGGGGGCGCCGCUGGAGAUGGUGCACCAAGGAUUGCAGGAGAAGUCCAAGUCCGUCCAGGACUUGAGGGAGGUGGAGAGAGACACAGGGUCCCUGGGCAUCAUUGGACGGUUGUCCAUGCACACGAAGAGGACCCCGUCCAUAGAUAAAAAGGAGGCUGAGCCUGCGGCCAGUAAGCGCAGGGUGUCCUGGGCCAUAGGCCGCAGUAAGAGUCUGGACACGACACAGCUGGACAAUAUAGAGGCUCGGAGAGAGCAGGAGGCAAGAGAACGCAAAAAGAUGGAGGAGUCGUCUGUCUUCGCCAUGCGGCGGAAGUUCGAGAACAAAGUAGCGGGCAUCUCAGCCAGUUUGAGGAGCAAGUCAGAGGAAAGGAAGGAGGAGAAAGAGGCCAAGCGACGCGUGGAGAAAGAGAAAAGUCGGAAAGAUGCAGAAGAAAAUGAUCUUAAGAAGGUCAGCGAUUCCCCCGUCUUGGCGAUGAGGAAGAAGUUUGAGAACAAGGUGGCCGGAAUUUCUGGGGAAGUCCGAAGCCAGUCAGAGGAAAGGAAAGAGACGGCGGAGGGAAAGAAAACUCCACUGUUUUCCCGUCAUCGACAUUCCCAGUCUGAGGGAAGAGGUCUCAAAGAGAUGGGGAUCCCAGAGAAUCAGCUAGCCAAACAGACAAACAAAGAAUCCAAAGCGUCCAAGGAAUCCAUUGUGUCUGCGUCAAGCCUUCAUUCCGAAAAGUCAAAAAGUCAAAAGUCACUCAGUAAGUAGCUGUUGUUGUAUAUAUAAAAAAUAUAUAAUAUCAAUUACAUUGUGAUAUUGAAUAUUAGAAGAAAAAUAUUACUACUAAUAUUUAUCUUGGUAUAUUAUACUGGCUAAGAUGGCAUUGGCAAUUUCCAUCAAAUAUCAAUCAAAUUUACUUUUUACAUCAGUAGUUGUCAUAAAGUGCUUAUACAGAAAUCCAGCCUAAAACCCCAGACAGCAAGCAAUGCAGAUGUUGAAGCAGGCUAGGCUAGGAACAACUCCCUAGAAAGGCUCUGCAACCUAGGAAGAAACCUAGAGAGGAACCAGACUCUGGGGGGUGGCCAGACCUCUUCUGGCUGUGCAUAGGACAACCCUUUUUGGUUCCAACUCUCGGGAAAGGGUUCCAUCUGGAACCCAAUAGGGUUCUACCUGGAACCAAAAGGGUUCUACCUGGAACCAAAAAGGGUUCUUCAAAGGCUUCUCCCAUGGGGACAGCCGAAGAACCCUUUUAGGUUCUAAACAGCAAUUUGUUUUCUAAGUUUAAGAGUACAUGGCCACUAAGGCCAGAUCGUUCUUCAAGAUGUUCAAACGUUCAUAGAUCACCAGCAGGGUCAAAUAAUAAUCACAGUGGUUAUAGAGUGUGCAACAGGUCAGCACCUGGGGGGGGGGGGGGGUUGAAAUAGCAGGUCCGGGGAACAGGUCAGGGUUCCAUAGCCGCAGGCAGAACAGCAGAAACUGGAUCAGCAGCACAACCAGGUGGACUGAGGACGGGGACAGCCAGGAGUCAUCAGGCCAGGUAGUCCUGAGGCAUGGUCCUAGGGCUCAGGUCCUCCGGGAGGGGCGAGAGAGAGAGAGAGAGAUGGGAGAAUUCGAGGGAGCACACCUUAGAUCACAGGGCACCAGAUAAGACAGGAGAAUUACACCAGAUAAGACAGACUGACACUAGCCCCCCCGGCACAUAGACUAUUGCAGCAUAGAUAAUGGGGAUAUUAACUCACCUCCUCAGGUUCGUCUGUCUCAGCUGUUUGCCAUUAUGUCUUGUCCUCCACAGCUCCAGAGACUGACCGGCGGUCGCGGUGGGACAGGUGGGGUCUGGGCAGGAGCAGGAAGGACAAGACCCCCUCUCAGACUGACCUCCCCUCAGCCAAAGAUGAGGGGCCAUCAGGCAGCCUGCAGUACUCCCGCACUUCCUCUAGUACUGUCUGCUAAAUUCGGCAGUCAGUUGCCUUUAUGUUGAAUGUGCCUACAGAGUUGGAGUUUGACAAUGAAAUAGAAUAGCUGCACACUGCUUUUACGUACUCCGUUUAUUCUCAGUGUUCAUUAUUAUUAUUAAGCCACACCCUUGUGUUUUCCCAGACUUCCCUCCUGUGUUCCACAUCAAGCUGAGGGACCACGUCUUAUUGGAGGGUGACCCUGUCACUCUUAGCUGCCUCCCGGCUGGCAGCCCCCAGCCACAAAUCACCUGGACUAAAGGUAAGAAGUCAUAGAGCUGACAGACAUAACACUCUUUGGAACAGCGCUGUCUAAUAAAGCAUUACUGUAGGAGCUGCUGCUGAAAUGUCUGUAGUUGCUUGUGUAGGGAUGUGUCAUGUUAUCAUAACUCAUCAUAGCAUGGUGCCCUGUAUGAGCACGACUUCCUAAACUUGUGUUUAUGUUAGAGAUUGCUCAUUAUUUCUCGAAAGUUUCUCAUCGAAUACUAGAUAAACACCUUUUGAAAUAGGACUAUAAAAUAAAACAUUACUUUACAGGCUGCCACUGUAAUUCUUAUUGUUGCUUGGGUUUGCUUGUCCCCAGAUAAGAGACCGCUGGAGAUGGACGACAGGAUGAACUUGAUCUCCUGUCCAGACGGAAGGCAGCUCAUUACGAUCAUGAAGACCAGCAGGAGGGACGCAGGGCUCUAUGAGUGUGUGGCCAAUAACCCAUUAGCCAGCGUCACCAGCUCCUGCACACUGUCCCUGGCCUGUGAGUAACACGUUACCUACAAGAAAAUGUUAUUUUCAAUGAUUAUCCUGUCAUUAAGAUUUGUGGAGAAACAGGAAAAUACCAGUUUUUGAAGCCGUUAUCUUCAUGUGAUAUUCUAAUAUCCUGGACCUGUAAAAUCUGUUGCAUUCGCAUUGCAUACACAACCUUUAGUGUAAACAUGGCAUUUACACUGAAUCGAGAAAGGGGUAUUUGCCUUUCAUUCUAAGCAAAAACAUGUAUUAUUCAUCUUUACGAUGUGAUGAACCUUGAAAGGUUUUAGGUAAUAGGAUUUGUAUUUGAGUGUGAAUGCAAUGCAUAUUAAUGGCAUGGGCAUAAAUAUUAAUGUAGUAUACGGCUGAUUAAACUAAUGGCUUUUUGCCUUGAAUUUACAACCUCUUUAUAAUCAUUCCAAGAGGAGAGUGCUGCUUAUUACAAAUGAAAAGAUGUCAUUCCCAGGUAGUAAUCUGAUGUGUCAGAAUCAAAUAAUCAACUGUCACUCACAGUCCAUCUAGCUACUACAGAUUCCGGAUCUUAAUUUGACCCAGUUUCUCACUGCAGUAAAAUAAUCCUGCAGCAACAGGAAAUGUGAAUUAUUAUGUGAAUGAUAAUUAAUUUUAAAAAAUUGUAGGGGUUGAUAAAUUUUUCGUUAAGACAAAAAAAGUCUGACAUUUUAAAGUGUAAAUUAUAAACAUUAGAAGCCUUUUUUUAAAUUCCUGCAACAACAGGAUGAUCAAAUUAAGAUUUGGCAUCUGUAGGUUCUUGUCCAGACAACAGGCUAUAAAUAACAAUAUCAAUAAAAAUGUCAAAUACCCUUCAGCAAAACGACAGAACAAGGUGGCUUUCCAGACACUUGAUGGCCUCUCGCUCUUUUUCAGGUGUCAGACUCAACGUGCUACAUUUCAGUUAGAUUUUCACAGCUUCAAAUUGAAUUGCUCUGGCAACACUGUCUGGGCGUCUGCAUUACUAAUCCCGUCUGCUGAUGCUAUCUGUCUCCAUUUAUCAUCAAUCUGUUGGGUGAGAGAUUCCCCAGACUGCUCAUCUUGUCUGAGGCCUUGACUAGAUCAGUCUCAGCUGUAGGCCUCCUUCAUUCAAAUGCAUCAUGAUAUCAGGGUGAAAAGCUUCUAGUGUUGUGUAUGGUUUGAGUUAAGAAAAUUAUCAAACCCAUCUCUGUGUCCUCCACGGUUUCUCCUCUUUCCACCUACUCUCUCCAUCCUCCCCCUCUGUGACACCCCACCCCAUCAAAACGCUCCCCUUCCCCAAACCUCCCCCUCUGUUCACCCCAUCCCCAUCAAAUUCAUGCGCCCUCACACCUACCUCUUUGUUCACCCCACCCAUCAACUUCAUCUCUCUCACCACUCGCACCUCAACCCUCAAAUCAUCCCCGAACCCACCCAAACCUACAUCCCAACCUCACCUCGCACCCCACCUGCACACUCUCCUCCACCCACAAAACAUUCCCACCCCCCCACCACCAACCUCAUCCCCCCCACCCCAACUUCAUGCUCCCGUCCACCCUACUUCAUCACCCCUCCACCCCAACUUCAUUUCCCCUCCACCCCACCUUCAUCUCCCCUCCACCACCACCUUCAUGCCCCCACAACCCCACCGCACCCCCCACCCCUCACCCCCACCCAACCCAUCCCCCCCACCCCAUCACUCUCCCCUCACCACCCCCACUCCCCCACCCCCCACCCCACUCACUCCCCCCACCCACCCCUUCCCCAUCUCCCUCUAACCCCCUUCAUCUCCCUCCACCCCACCUUCAUCUCCCCUACCCCGCCCCUCCACCCCAACUUCAUAUCCACGAGUACCCCAUUUUCAUCUCCCCUCUACCCCUUCGUAAUCUUCAUCUCCCCUCAACACCCAAUUCAUCUCCCCUCCACCCCACCUUCAUCUCCCCUCCACCCCACCUUCAUCUCCCCUCUACCCCAUUUUCAUCUCCCCUCUACCAUAUCUUAUUCUCCCCUCUACCCCUUCUUCAUCUCCCUCUACAUAUCUUCAUCUCCCCUCUACCCCCACCUUCAUCUCCCAUCCCCUCCACCCCCCACCCUCCUCCCCUGUCACCCCCUCCAGGUGUCCCCAAAAGGCCAGGCACGCCGGAGGUUCCCCAGACAUACAACAACACAGCCCUGGUGCUAUGGAAACCAGCCGACACCAAGCCCCCCUGUAGCUACUCUCUAGAGAGGAAGACAGAAGGUGGGUUGACAUUCAUCUCCUUGCCUGGAGUCCAAACUGAUGUGCUCUGUGUCACGAUUGACACUGAGAAUAUCCAUCUGGAUUCCAGGCUAGUCAUCUCUAUAAACUCAAGCCGAAUAUUAAUAUUUUGUUUAUUUUACAGCCCGCUUCACCCAGAUGUAUUAUCCUUAUUGACGGUUGGAUAGGAAACACCUUUGGCUGUCACUUUAAACAGUGACGUAGGCUACUGUGCAGUGAAUAACUCAAACACUGGGCAAAUAGUCACAGUACAAACUGGCCAUAUAGACCACAAUUGGGCCCUAUUUCAUCACGCUUUAUAAGUCAUUAUGGUCUCAUAAUACGGUGAAUCAUUGUAGAGCCUAGAUCAUUAGGAUUGUAUCAAAGUGUGAAUAACAUGAAUGUUAAUAUGAUUUCAGGAAUGAUUGAAUUCGAUGGCUUCAUGCCUUGUAUUACCACACAGUUACUGCCAGGCUCGGCUUUGGAUGAUUGUUUUUCUCUGUGUUUGUUCAUUGGAUUGUGCCUCACUAUAUCCUCAUUACCAUGCGGAUGUCCUUCGGUUAUUCCUCUGUAUCAGUUGUGACUAUGACAGAUCAUUAUGGCUCCACAUCACCUUCGUGUACAACUGAUAUUAUAAACAAACCGCCUACAUAACCUUCAUCCGUUCUGUCAUCAACAUUAAACACUAUCGCCACCUUGUGUGAAUUAGAAGUACUGCAACAAAUGACAGUGGUGUGUAAAGUCUAAGUGAUGCAUAUAAUUUUGUGAAUACGAUUGAGGGGUAUUUGACCAUAUUGAUAUAACAUAACCCAAUUGGCACUCAUAUAAAUUAAGCAUGAUUUUCUUUCUCCUUUUAGGUGAUGCAAACUGGCUGAUCAUAGCGACCGGUGUAGCUGACUGUUACUACAACGUCACAGACCUGCCACCGGGGGGCACCUUUAGGUUCAGAGUGGCCUGCGUCAACAAGGCUGGACAGGGACCUUACAGCAACACAUCGGACAAAGUCAGCCUGGACUCAACAGGUGCUGAAACACACCUUUUGGACAGGGGGUUAAAAUUCAGCAAAUUGUGUUAAAUUGGGUCAAAAGAGGUGGUAAAGAAAGUUCUGCUGUUUUUUCUGUAUUGUUGCAUAUUUGUUUCACAAAAUGGUUCUGAUAAUCUGAUAUUGAAGAGAGAUUUGUUUGCUUUGCAGUAGGCGUAUCCUCUCCUGCGGUGGCCAUUGUGAAGACCAUCCCCUCACCUCCCUUCCACCCUGCCCCAUCGGCUACCACCUUAGUGACUGUUAUCCCAAAGGUCAAACCAGUAGUAACGCAACCUCCCAGUAAAACUGUGUCCACUGUCUCUCCCUCUUCACCCUCCCUUACACAGACCUCUCUAACCUCCCCUGCACCCUUCCCUGCUCCCACCGCAGCUCUCUCUCCCUCUACACAUUCGGCCCCCUCCAGCCCUGCCACCACAACCCCUCCAACUGAACCCCUGACGGUCACCCCUGCCACCCCUCCAACUCUCCCCUCCCUGCCUGUAGUCAAAACCCCUCCCUUCGUCCUCCCCAAACCCCAGAGUCCUGUCAACGUGGUCCCCCCCAUGACCCAAACCCUGCCCAUCUCGCCCCCUCCCCCUCUUGUCACCCCUCCUUCCACCCCCACCAAGCCCGUCAUGGCAUCCGUUCCUACCUACUCCCCUGCCGCCACUGCCCGUGUGGUCCCCACCCCCCUCCCGGCCCCCUCCUUCUCCCCCCAAGUGCUCCAGGUCAGCAGUCUGAGCCCCAUAGGGGAGGGGAGGGGCACCCCUGUUCGAGGGACCCCCACGGGCCGCACCACACCCAAGCCGGGUGAGACCGCUCUACGACAGGGAGUCCCACAGAAGCCCUACACCUUCCUGGAUGAGAAAGCCAGGUGACUGAGACGUUAGAGAUGUGCUCAAUAUUUCUACAGCUACAGUAGUACAUUAUUACACUACACAGUAUUGCUGUUGCUACUACUGGUACUACUUAUAGGGUUAUUCUAGGUCAGGGAAACUGGCUUCAUGUUUAACCACACAUUAUUUGGUAACUAAACUACCGUGUUAUCUCUCUCUGGACAGAGGGCGGUUCGGUGUGGUCCGGGAGUGUCGGGAGAACGCCACAGGAUACAUCUUCAUGGCUAAGAUCAUUCCGUACGACCAGGAGACUAAGAAGUCCAUCCUGCAGGAGUAUGAGAUCCUCAAGUCUCUCCACAAUGACAAGGUCAUGACCCUCCAUGAGGCCUACGUCACCCCACGUUACCUGGUACUGGUGGCUGAGUACUGCACUGGCAAGGAGCUGCUGCACAGCCUUAUAGACAGGUGUGUGGAGCAUGACGCUCACACACACACACACACACACACACACACGUACACACACACACAUACACACACAGAGUUGCACACUGCGCUCAGCUGUGCUCUACAAUAUAUCUGUGGAAUAAAUCUAUUUCAAACAUUUCUGUUGUAUGUUUUUCCUGCUAAGGUUCCGUUACUCUGAGGAUGACGUGGUGUGCUACCUGGUCCAGAUACUUCAGGGGUUGGAGUACCUCCACAACAGACGCAUCCUCCAUCUGGACAUCAAGCCUGACAACGUCAUGGUCACCAACCUCAACGUCGUCAAGAUCGUAGACUUUGGCAGCGCUCAGAACUUCAACCCUCUCUCCCUCAAACAAUACAACAGCAGCCUGGGCACACUGGAGUAUAUGUGUGAGUUGGUAACACUUUAUUGAAUUUACCACUGGUAUUUGGAAUUGGUAUCCGCCAAGUACUGCUUGGGUAAUAAGCUGUUAUACUCACCUUGAUCACUACUUUCCUCUGAACUCUCUCUCUCUCUGGUCUUUCUUUGCUGAAAAGCUCCGGAGAUGGUGAAAGGUGAUGUGGUCGGCCCUCCAGCUGACAUCUGGAGCCUCGGGGUUCUAACCUACGUCAUGUAAAGAUACAACUUACUCAUUUCAUAGUUACUAUUGUCAUAAGUCUUAGAAGUUGUGUGAUUUUUUCUUCUUCUGAACUCUCAUUGUCUAUGCCAUUUUUUGUUCAGGCUUAGCGGUAGGCUUCCCUUUCAGGACAAAGACCCACACCAGACUGAGACCAAAAUUCAGAUGGCCAAGUUUGACCCGACCAAGCUCUACCCCAACGUGUCCCAAAGUGCCUCGAUGUUCCUCAAGAAGAUGCUGAGUAGCUAUGCCUGGUGAGGGCUUCAAAGAGUAGCUACAUCAUUAUCUUAUUUGACAAACCAGCCCCAGUUAAUAAAGUGUCUCAGAGUAGGAGUGAUGAUCGAGGAUCAGUUUCGCCUUUUAGAUCAUAAUGAAUAAGAUUACAUGGAAAGUGGGGUCAUGAUCCUAGAUCGAUACUCCUACUUUGAGACGAUUUAUGAAUACGGGCCCUGGACUCCUGUGUUCUGAUCACUGAUUGGACAAUGUGUUUUAUUGCCAUGCAGGGCCCGUCCAAGCAUCAAGGACUGUUUCACCCACGCAUGGCUGCAGGACUCGUACCUGAUGAAGCUGAGGAGACAGACACUCACCUUCACCACCACCAAGCUGAAGGAGUUCCUGGGGGAGCACCAUCGACGUCGCACCGAGGUCGCCACCAAACACAGGGUCCUCCUGCGCUCCUACUCCAGCUCAGCUUCUCCAAACACAUCCACCACACCAAACCUACCUAAGUGA